GUCGUUUAAAGAAGAUGGCGGCACAGGCAACGAACGGGAUCCGGCUGAGUGCGGUGAGAGGGAGGGCACGGGCGGGCUCCGGGGGAGCGGGAGACGCGGAGAGGCCGUGGGGCGGGGAAUAAAGCGCGGGACUCGGCGACAUUUAAAGCCCUGGCUGGCUGGGGGUGCUGGGAGUGAGUGAGUGAGAGAGAGAGAGUCCUGUGUGUGAGGGAGCUUCCCCCUCCCUCAUAGGACACUGCACGACCCAGCCUCCGGACUGCAACUCCUAUCAUCCUGCUGGCUCUGGCAGUCUGUGUGUGAUGGGUGUUGUAGUCCAGCAGUAGCCGGGUAUUGGCUGUUUACACACUCCCAGUGGCUAAUGCCAUUUAUUUAUCGUGUUAUUGGUGUACGAGGUGAGGGGUUUAGUCUUGUGCUCGCCUGAGAUUGUUAAUUUGUAUCAGACUGCUGUGUGUGUAUGUGUGCCCUGUAUACAGUGUGUCUGCUUGUGCUUUGGAAGAAUAGCACGUUAUUAAAGUCUGUGUGCAAUGAUACAAUGUAUACUGUGUGUGUGUGUGUGUGUGUUUUUAUUGUGUGUAAUGUAUACAGUGUGUGUUUAUUGUGUGUGUGCUUGUGCUUUGGAAGAAUAGCACGUUAAAGUCUGUGUGCAAUGAUAGAAUGUAUACUGUGUGUGUGGUUUUUAUUUUGUGUGUGUGUGUGUUUAUGGUGUGCUUGUGAUUUGAAGAAUAGCGCGUUAUUAAAGUGUGUGUGUGUGUGUGUGUAAUGUAUACGGUGUGUAAUGUAUAGUGUGUGCAAUGAUACAAUGUAUACACCGUGUGUUUAUGGUGGGUGGCUUGUGAACCUGGUUUGUGUUGAUUGCAGUUCAUUGAACUUGAUCCAGAGCAAUCUUCUUGAUUUUCACCUCUCUGAAUAUCUGUUUUAUUCAAUUGUAAACACCCACGUGGAGUGCAACACACACACACACACACACACACAGCGCUACGUGAUCAAAUACAGGAAGCCCUCUAAUUAAUGAUUUCUGGGAGGGGUCUGCCUGGCUCGCAUUGCUGUCAAUGCAUGGAGCUGUAGAUUGAUGUCGCUAGCAGAUGAGGGUUUAUCCGUUCGUUCCAGUUUGUUUCACUUUCGUUUCCUUGUUGGUUCUCCACUCUCGCUUGUCUUGACUGAAACUGAUAGGCACGUUCUACCGACUUGCUUUCCAAAGGUUGUAUUCGGCCCAUGCACAGGGUUACUCCAUGGCAUUAGUCACAAUGCAAAUUUAAAUACAAAUCUUAUUUUUCACUUUGUCCCCGAUUAUAGAUUCCUUUUGCUACCAGUGUACUGUGUCACUACACCUGAAAGGUUUCAUGACUCCCCCCUAUAGUGUGUAUUCCAAUUCAAUGACAACACGUUUGUUAUUUUGUAAAUAAAAUGCCCCGCACCACACACUUAAAAGGUUUUCUUUCCAAAUAUUCUUUUACUGAUCAAUUUUUCCACUCACCAUAAUAGUAGUUAUAACAAAAAAUUGUAGCAGUGCAAUCAAACAGGGGAAUAUAUAUAUCUCCAUUAUGUCAUAUUGCAAGUAAAAUUUAAUGUCAAUAAUAAAGACAAUCAUCUUUCUAGAAUAUAUUUAUUGAAGUGGUUUUAUUAAGGUAUUAAGAUAUGAAUAUAAAAGUUAAAAGAAAUUUGAAAACAAAGGUCUGGCCAGGUCGAAGUCAAGGAGAAACAUUGUAUUGAUGUCUAAUGUUCUCUUCCCACAAAGCCCAUUCAUUGUUUAGCAGAGAUACAUUAUCAUUGGGUAUGCAGAGUGGGAGUUCACAAGACUAAUUUAAGAGCUUUGCUAAUAGUUUGUAUGGUAGUUGAUUUCCAGUGUCAGGGGAUUACAGAGGUGGCAAAUAUUAGUAGGUGGCCCAACAUAAGUCUUAUUUUUUUUGACAAGUAAUCUUGGUAUUUCUCAAAUAUACAUGUUUUUUGGGAUGGGGGUACAAUAUGGUUGACUAUAGAAAUGGCCAGUCAAAAAACAUGCUUCCAAAAUAUGUCUAGUUUGGGACAGGAACUAAAAAAAAUAUGAUGCAUUAUUUGAAAUGUUUUUAUUUUUAUUAUUAUACUUGAACGCAUGGGUGUAUUAAAUCUAUUUAUUACUUCUGUGUUUAUAACGCGCCAACAUGUUCCACAGUGCUGUAGGGGGGAGGAGAGGAGAGACAAUACAAUAUAAACAGACCAAUACAAAAGGUAGAGGGGCCCACAAUGUAAUGUUUAAAAUUUGGAGAUGAGACACGAGGUAGCAGAGGAAUUUGGAGGUGAUGGCAGUAACUGAUAACAUGUGAAGGGAAUGAGGAGGUGAUUGACUGUGGUUCCAAACAGCUGGAAGAGCAUGCUAUGUAGUUAGAAGGAACGAGGGCUAGCAAUUGUAUAUUUCAUCUCUGCUGAGUAGAAUUGAACUUACUUUGCCUUAUCACGUAUCUUUGGAUAAUUAAUACAAUGUUAAACAAAAAUCUGCACACCAGUUAAGCCAUAAGGCUUGCUUUAACCACAGUAAUCACAAAUCUGCAGUGAUGUUACUACUCCAAAGGAUUCUGGGUGGGCAUAUAUGCAAAUUAGUUUAGCAAAGAAUCACAUUUUUGCCUCAUUCCGCUUUAAAAAAUGGAUUCAUUGGAGUCUGUGUUUGCUGUAUAAAGGAAAAGAUGCAAAGCCAGUAAACCACUUGUGGACAGCUGUUUCUUUGUUAAUGCAAAUCACCAGCAUGAGGUUGGUUACUGGUUUGCUUAUUGAGGCAUGGUAGUGCUUGGGAAUCAAAAACCAAAAAGGUUAUGGUGGGGAAAAAUUGUGAUUUUGGCUUUACAUUUUUAAAUUUUAGUUUGAAUUCUCAUUAUUGUUAGUGAUAUAGCACCAACAUAUUCCAUAGCGCUUUACAAUUGUAAAAUGGGUAUAUUUGACAAUUUAUAUUCAGUAUCUAACAGACAAGGUAAAGAAGGCCCUGUUCAACCGAGCUUACAAUCUGUGGACAGUCAAGAUAAAUAACUGCAUGUUAGAGGUGGUAGGGAUUGUUGGAUAAGAUGUGUCUGUCAAAGUAAGCAAGUAAAAGUGGUGUGUCUAAGAACCGAACAGUGGCAGGAGAAAGAAAGAGUGAGUUGAGCUAUGGAGGGGAGGGCAGUGAAAUGAAACGUAAUCCAGGAAGUGGUAACUUACCUAAAAAUGUGUAUUUUCAGUGACUACUUAAAGGACUGGAGGCUAGGGCAGAGUCUGACGUGGGGUAGCAAAUACAAAAGGAACAGAGCCACCCUUGAAACUAAAUUGUUUGAAAUCCAUUUUUAACCUUGAUAAUGUAUAUCUUAGCAUAUGACUAAUUCAUUAAAUCUAAUGUGCAGCUUUGCACAAGUUUUCAUCCAGGCAUUUUUGAAAAUGUGAGAGUUAAAAGCAGGUCUAGAUUAGAACAUGCAUAUCAAUAUGCAUUCCUCAGUUUUGCAUAUUAACUUCCUAAACUUCUACCUUUUUUUUUAGGUACAGAAUUAUUUUUCCAUUUUUUUUUUUUUUUUCUGUCUAAGCUGAACCCCUCCUAACACUGACCGUGACCAUCACAUGAAUCUAACACAGAGGAAUACAUAAUAUAACAAGCUAUGAACAAAUAAGAGUUUAGUGAUUAUACUCCUAGCAUCUCUACAAACUGUAAGGGGGAAUAAUACUCCUAAUGCUAUUCUAUAAAGAGUUACAGGUCUACAGGCUUUUUUUUUGGGGGGGGGGGGAUUUCUAACUUUAAUCAAACAGGACCCCCAUCCCCAGCAAGUCUUUAAGUAAACAAUCUGCUGACCUGAGCAGCAUUAAGUGCUUUACAGCUCUGAGCAGAGAGAUAAGGGACCCCAUCCCCAAAUCCUAAUGUAAACACGCUGCUGACCUGACCUACCUGACAUGGAACCUCAUAGGCAAGUCCUGAGAUCAAAGCUUUCUUAUGAAAAGCGACACUUGUAGUAGGAUCUACUAAAAGGAAUGACAGAAUCUUUUUGUAGGUCUCCUUGUAAUGCAUGCACAUCAUGUCCCCAGUGCUCAUCUUUGAGGAGCACUGUAUUGGACCAGUGAUGAAUAAGCCAUGCCUUAUUGAUGAUGAUGUGGGAGAGAUGAGCAGCGUUGAGGGAGUCUCUGCUAAAAUGUGACAUUCUCUCUUGAAUUCCUGACAAUUCACACGUUCGCAAAUACCCUUUUCAGUGAUGAGGUUAAAGCUGUGAGGAUAUUUAUGGGGUGAAAAAUAUUAAAUAUUUUAAUAAUUAUCAAAAUUUAUAAAAAAUUUAUAUAUUGGCACUGUUCCCCUUGAUUAAUUUAAAGCAGAGAGCUACCCACUAUUUUUAAUUCUUAUAGACCCUGGAGUAUGUUUUUUUUAUUAGAGGAUUUGUAUUUCACACAGUAAUCAUAAACUAAUUAUAACAUAAUUUAUUGUGACAAUAAUAUGUUAUAUGCGUCACAAUAAUCAGUGAAUAGUUAUAACAAAUGUAUACAAUAUGGCAGUGGUUUAACACUGUUUACAGACAGCUAAAUAGCAACAUUUAAUAUCAAAAUAGAUGCAAAUUUCAACAGAUCUGUGAUAGGACACUUCACUUUGAAAUCAGCUUGCUAAACAUUCUUUAACACAGGACUCUUCUCAUCAUCACAGCAUAAAGCAAUAAACUCCGUCUGACAGUCAAAUCACACUGAGUUAAUUAACUCAUUUACUGCUUGCUACAAUUCUCACAGGCAAAAUACCUUUUAUAUUGCAAUGACAAAUACAAUAAUACUCAUACCAGAUCAGUUUACCAUUCCUUCUCAUCCAAUGACCAAGAAGAAUAAUUCUAACCAGAUUUUACAGAAUUUUAAUUUAUUAAAUCCUAAUUAAAGAUGACUAUCCCUAAUCCAGAUAAAUCAAUAUCUCUGGUUAAUCGCCGAUAUGCUAUUUUUGGCAAAUUACCAGUAAAUAUAUUGGCUUAUUCUUUCUGCAGUUAAGAAUUUGGAACAGUAUAUUUCAUUAGCUAACUGUGAUUUUAUAAUAGUUGAAAUCUGACCAGCCUUUUAUCCAGAUAUAUUUGUCUUUUUGUAAAAAUUAAAUUAAAUUUAAACCAAUAUAAUUGCCAGCUCUGGGUAGAAUUUCUUUUAGUCUUGGAGAUUUAUUCCAUCAAAGUGGUGAAUGCAAGUUACAUAGUUACAUAGCUGAAAAGAGACUUCCGUCCAUCAAGUUCAGCCUUCCUUAAAUUUGUUUUUUUGCUGUUGAUCCAAAAGAAGGAAAAAAACCCAGUUUGAAGCACAAUUUUGCAACAAGCUAGGAAAAAAAAUCCUUCUUGACCCCAGAAUGGCAGUCAGAUUUAUCCUUGGAUCAAGCAGUUAUUACCCUACAUUGAAAGAUUAUAUCCUUGAGUAUUCUGUUUUUGCAAGUAUGCAUCUAGUAGUAGUGAUGCACCGAACGGUUCGCUGGCGAAUAGUUCCUGGCGAACAUAGCAUGUUCGCGUUCACCACAGCGGGUGAACAUAUGUGCGGUUCGAUCCGCCCCCUAUUCGUCAUCAUUGAGUAAACUUUGACCCUGUACCUCACAGUCAGCAGACAUAUUCCAGCCAAUUAGCAGCACACCCUCCCUAGCAGACCCUCCCACCUACUGGACAGCAUCCAUUUUAGAUUCAUUCUCAAACUGCAUGCUUAGUGAGAGGAGGGAAAGUGUAGCUGCUAUUGAUUUGAUAGGGAAAUUGAUAUCUAGGUUAGUGUAUACAGUGUCCACUACAGUCCUGAAGGACUCAUCUGAUCUCUGCUGUAAGGACAGCACCCAAAAAAGCCCUUUUUAGGGCUAUAACAUCAGUCUGCUUUUUUUUUUUUUCUGUGUAAUGUAAUUGCAGUUGACUGCCUGCCUGCCAGCUUCUGUGUCAGGCUCACAGUGGAUACUGUGCCCACUUGCCCAGUGCCACCACUCACUCACUGGUGUCACAAUAGCUUGCAUUUAAAAACAAAACUUUUUUUUCACUGUUAUAGAUUGAAUAGCAGUUAGUUGUCUCAAAGCGGGUGUGUCAGCCCUACAGCGUGUACUCUGCCAGUUCACAGUGCCACUCAUAUCUGGUGUCCUAAUAGCUUGCAUUUAAAAACAAAAAACUUUUUUCACUGUUAUAGAUUGAAUAGCAGUUAGUUGUCUGCAAGCGUCUGUGUGUCAGGCUUGCAGCGUAUACUGUGCCCAUUUGCCCAGUGCCACCACUCACUCACUGGUGUCACAAUAGCGUGCAUUUAAAAACCAAAAACUUUUUUCACUGUUAUAGAUUGAAUAGCAGUUAGUUGUCUGCAAGCGUCUGUGUAUCAGGCUCGCAGCGUAUACUGUGCCCACUUGCCCAGUGCCGCCACCACUCACUGGUGUCACAAUAGCUUGCAUUUAAAAACCAAAAAACUUUUUUCUCUGUUAUAGAUAGCAGUUAGUUGUCUUCAAGCGGGUGUGUCAGCCCUACAGCGUGUACUCUGCCAACCUCUGCCAGUUCACAGUGCCACUCAUAUCUGGUGUCACAGUAGCUUGCACGCAUAGUACCACUAAUCGAAAAAAAAAUGACAGGCAGAGGCAGGCCACCCCUACAAUGCGCACUGGGUAAACCUGCUGACGGCUGCCAAGCAUGUAAUGCGUGGCUCUGCAGAGGAGUUGGUGACACCGCCACGACUUGCAGGCAGGCCUGUUGCCACCUCCUCUACUCCUCCUACUCCAUCCUCUUCCAUAACCUCCUCGGCUGAGUCCUCUUCUGCUGCUGCGUCUUGCUCCACAUCAACGGAUAGGGGACGUAACAGGGAUUAAACUGAUAAGAAUAGUACUACUUAACACACAACUCCUAUCUGGUGGCACAUUAGAUUGCACGCGCAGUGCCCCAAAUUUGAAGUAGGAGGACCGACCAAGCAUCUUUUUCCAUCUCCCGGUUCCUAAAAUCGAUGCCAUAUACAGUCCCCUGAUAGGGGACGUAACAGGGAUUAAACUGAUAGGAAUAAUACUACUUAACACACCUUAUAAUAACGCAGAGAGAGGGAGUCUGAAGAAGAGGAGUCAGAGGAGGAAGGUGGCUUUGAGGAGGUGGAAGACCAAACACAGCAGGCGUCCCAGGGGGCUUGUUGUCACCUUUCGGGGACCCUUGGUGUUGUACGUGGCUGGGUGGAGGAAGAGACCUUCAAUGACAUCAGUGAGGACAAGGAACGGGACAUGGCUAGCUUGGUAUCCAACCUUGUGCAAAUGGGGAGUUUGCGGUUGUGCAAAUGGACUGUUUGCGGUUGUUUGCGGUGCGUUAAACGGGGAGUUUGGUCUGUCACUGUGAAGCGGGCGUAACCCUUACACUACCUGAUCAAUACAACAUCAUACAGUAGGUCCCCCCCUCAUUAUUUUUAUGGCCCCCACCCUCCGCUCACCGUGCAGGCCGGAGGGGAGGACAGUAGGUCCCCCCUUAUCCUUAUUUACUGAAUAUUCCCCUGUAUAACAAUGUUUGGCAUUUAGUGAAUAUUCCCCAUUCUGCUCUGUGUCAGUGUGUAUCAGGGAUCCUUAGGAUAGGUGUCAAUCCAUAUCUGCCAAGUGACCCUAUGUAGGAGGAACAGUCUAUUCUGCUCUGUGUCAGUGUGUAUCAUUGGCUCUGAGGACAGGUGUCAAUCCAUAUCUGCCAAGUGACCAUAUGUAGGGGGAACAGUCUCUAUUCUGCUCUGUGUCAAUAUGUCAUAUGUCAGGUAUCAAUCCAUAUCCAUUGUGAUUUAGGAAUGUUAGGUGAUUUCUGCCCUUUAUGGAUUAAAACCAGACUCUGCAUCAACUGUGUAAUUUUCCAUGGGAGUUUUGCCAUGGAUCCCCCUCCGGCAUGCCACAGUCCAGGUGUUAGUCCCCUUGAAACAACUUUUCCAUCACUAUUGUGGCCAGAAAGAGUCCCUGUGUGUUUUAAAAUUCGCCUGCCCAUUGAAGUCUAUGGCGGUUCGCGAACAGUUGCGGAAGUUCGCGUUCGCCGUUCGCGAACCGAAAAUUUAGUGUUCGCGACAUCACUAUCUAGUAGCUGUUUGAACAUCUGUAUUGACUCUGAUAAAACCACUUCUUCAGGCAGAGAAUUCCACAUUCUUAUUGUUCUUACAGUAAAAAAACCUUUCCUUUGCCUUAGACAACAUUUUCUUUCUUCCAGUCUAAACGCAUGACCUCGUGUCCUAUGUAAAGUCUGGUUUGUGAAUAGAUUUCCACACAAUGGUUUGUAUUGGCCCCGAAAUAUAUUUGUAUAAUGUUAUCAUAUCCUCUCUCAGGCGACGUUUUUCUAAACUAAAUAGGUUUACAUUUGUUAACCUUUCUUCAUAGCUGAUAUGUUCCAUUCCUUUUAUUAGUUUUGUAGCCUGCCUCAGCACUUUUUCUAGUGCCAUAAUAGCCUUCUUUACAACAGGUGCCCAAAAUUGCACAGCAUAUUCAAUAUGUGGUCUUACCAGUGAUUUAUAAAGAGGCAAAAUGAUAUUCUCGUCCCGAGAAUGAAUGCCCUUUUUCAUGCAUGACAAUAUCUUACUGACCUUGGCCACUGCUGAUUGACAUUGCACAUUGUUGCAUAGUUUGUUGUCUAUAACAAUUUCCAAGUCCUUUUCGUGUGUUGUUAUCCCUAAUUUGCUUCCAUAAAGGGUAUACGUUGCUUGUGUAUUCUUUACGCCGUAGUGCAUAACUUUGCAUUUUUCAACAUUAAAAUGAAUCUGCCAUUUGAGUGCCCAGUCCCCUAGCUUUAAAUGCCCUUUUCUUAUUUUUAAUCUCUUGUUUUACUUCUCUACUAAGCCACUUUGGUUUUAAUUAGUUUUUUUUAUAUUUAUUUCCCAAUGGUACAUACUGAGAAAUGUACCUUUCUAAUAUUUGUUGGAAGAUGAUCAAUUUAUCCCCAGUGUUCUUUUCACUAAAGAGUUUAUGCCAGUCAAUAUAUUGUAAAGCUGCCCUUAACUUAUUGAAAUUGGCCUUUUUAAAAUUAUUAGUAUACCCCAUGUGCUUUUGUUUUUUUGAGUUUAUUUCAAAGGACACUAUAUUGUGAUCCCUAUUUCCCAAGUGCUCACCUACUUGAAUGUUGGUCAAAAGAUCAACGUUGUUUGUUAAAACCAGGUCCAGUCAAGCGUCCAUUCUAGUUGGUGCUUGUACAAGUUGUGACAUGAAGGUGUCAUUUAACAAGUUUAAAAACCUAAUUCCCUCUGUCCCAAUUUAUGUCCCGGUAAUUAAAAUCUCCAAUAAUUAAAGUGUUACCCAGAUUUGCAGCUUUCUCAAUUUGCUCAUACAGCUGUUGUUCCUCGUCAAUAUUAACAUUAGGUGGUUUAUAACAUAUCCCAACCAAUAGUUGGUUUCCCUUCUUUUCCCCCAAGCAGAUAUUUACCCAUAAAGCUUCCACAUUUUCCUCAUCGCAUUCCACUUGCUUAAGAUUUGGCUUUAAAUCAUGGUUGACAUACAAAUAUACCCCACCACCCUUCUUGUUUUUCCUAUCCUUCCUAAAUAACUUGUACCCAUUUAAGUUAACUGCCCAGUCGUGUUUCUCUUUCCACCAUGUUUCAGUUAUGCCUAUUAUAUUAUAUCAUAUUGUUUAGUGUAUGCUACUGCUUAUAGUUCACCCAUUUUGUUAUUUAGGCUCCUUGCCUUAGUAGGCAUGCAUUUAAUAUCGUGAGUCACUUGUACUUUUUGUGAAUUAUCAACAUUACAUAGCCUCUCUGUUCUGAGCUUGCCCCUCCCCCAGUAUCCACCCCCCUUAUACUGUGCUAAAGCCCAUCUCCUUUCUGUCCUAUCUCCAUUUUGUAGAUUGCUAUGACCCUACCUCCCUACUACUAGUUUAAAAUCUCCUCCAACCGUCUAGCCAUCCUAUCCCACAGCACUGCAGACCCUCUCCUGUUUAGGUGCAGUCCAUCACUACUAUAAAGGUUGUACCCAAUCGCAAAGUCGGCCCAGUGCUCUAAAAACCCCAAACCCUCCUUCCUGCACCAAGAUUUAAGCCAUUGACCUCUCUAAUCUCCCGCGCCUUUCCACUGUAGCACGUGGCACAGGUAAUAUCUCAGAGAAUACCACCUUGGAGGUCCUUUUCUUAAGUUUGCUACCUAAUUCCCUGAAAUCAUUCUUUAGGACCUUCCAUCUUCCUCUUACUUUGUCAUUGGUACCAACAUGGACCAUGACCGCUGGGUCAUCCCCAGCCCCUCCCAAUCAUCCAUCCACUCUGUCAGCAACAUGCCGGACCGAAUGAAUGAAUAAGAAUUGUGGGCAAUAGGAAAGUUUUCAGAUUUUUAUUAUUAUUAUUUCAAAGUUUCAGUUGGAAAAAAAGACAAGUCCCAAAAGUAAUUGGAAGAGAUACAGAAAAUUAGGUGGGUCUUUGUUCCUGCUCCAGAUGUCCGAUCUAAGACCCAAGCCUUUUUCUCCUUUGUCCUUAAUUUUUAAAGGAGAAUCUUCCUUUAACUCAUUAGUUUCAGUGACCAGUCGAGUAAGGUGGGUGUCUAGAUUUUGUUCGGUAAAUGGCGCAAUUUUUGUUUAAGGGGUUAAUUGAAUUUCGUGAUGUUUGAUGUCGAUUUUGGUUAUCUCCAUGAUAUCUAUUCGUCAAAAAUCUGUCAGACUUCAAAAGUUUUGGUUAGUUUUUACCAGACUUACUGUUUGGUUUUGUGCCAUUAAAUUAGUUUCUGACACGUAUAGCCUUAGUUUCACCCUUCCUUACAAUGGAACUUUGUGUAAGAUCCUUAAUAUUGGAAAAGUAAAAGUACCAGUGUUUACGUUCAAUGCAUUCCUCUGCUCAGGGCAGAAUAGAAUUACAGAGAGAGAAACAAAACAAUUUUUUUUUUUUUUUAGGUUACAAAAUGGAGUCAUCUCUGUUUUAAUUGUGACUUACAGUAUACAUUUUUAAUUUCUUUCUUAACACAAAAUGUCUGCCAGUGUAGAUAUACUGACAAAGCGAGUGGGCUGGGCAGGGACAAUUUUCCCCAAACCCGCCCAAAAUUUGAGCCAUUCCAGCUAGAUUGCCAACUGGCAUUUGCCUUGGACGUUGACCUGCCAGGGGCGCCCACCAGGAAUUUUCCUGGUGGGCAGCUCCUGUCUGGGGCAAGAGCAGUGGACACGCAGCUCUUUAGCCACUCCACAGCACAUCCAUUUCAUCUGCUGCGCUCAAUGAUGUCACCGCUGACAAUGUGCUCAGGUUACUGGAUCUCCAGCGCCCUAUCAGAACUUAAAACUUCCUGCAGGCAAGGGAAGCUGGGAAGUGACCUGGUUUCCAGACUGCCCUCAGCAGGAAGCAGCCUGCACCCCCAUCAGAAACCAGGGUAACUUUCUACAGUCAAAGCACUUGGUCUGGCAUAUCUGGAGAACAAGGGAUACUAAUUAUUUUGUGUAUGAUUGUAAAUUGGUGUUUUUAAUUGGUAUGUGUGUGUAAAUAAAGUGGCUAUAAAGAUGGAAUAGCCUUCCAGCUGAAGUGUUAGAGGUUAACACAGUGAGGAAGUUUUAAACAUGGGUGGGAUAGGCAUAGGAUAGGCAGCUGGCUCGCUCACGACCAGAUAAAACAGUCUCUUUAUACUUUUUAAAAAUGUCCUAGUGAGGUGGUUUGGCGAAUCUAGAGUCUCUGCACGUCCAGAGACUCACAGUACUUGGGUGGCUGAUUUAGCAUUAAGAGUAACAUUUUUGCAAGCGAAACAGGAUAUCUGAACCAAGCAGAAAAUGUCUGUUUGAUAUGGCUUUAAAUAUCAAUUUGAUAUUAAACACAGGGCCAGAUAUAGGCAAUUAACAUGUUCUUUAACAGUAACAUAAUUUAAAUCCUACCAAAUGCAUUGCUAGAGAGAGUCAUCUUAUGGGGAGAAAGGGGGACCUAUGGUAAUUUUAUAUAAAAAAAAAAAAAAAAAAAAACUAUUUGGCUAAGGCCAAUGUUUUUCUCAUCCAAAAAUGGGGUCUGACUUCACAAACCAGGUACAACACGGCUAUUAAAAAGAAAAUCUAUAAUGUUGUAUAGGCUGAAAGGAGACAUGCGUCCAUCAAGUUCAGCCUUUCUCACAUCUGUUUUUGGUGUUGAUAUAAAACAAACCAAAAAAAACCACCUUGAAACACCUUCCAAUUUUGCCAUAAAAUAGGGGGGAAAUCCUUCUCAACCCCAGAAUGGCAGUCAGAUCUCUCCUUGGACCAAGACGUUGUUAUACUACUUACCUGAAUAUUUUUUAAAAUUUGUUAUUAAAUGCAAAUUGUAGAAGAGAUGAUUUCUUAAAUCUAACAGAAAUAUUAAGUAACCAGAAUGAUUGGCAUAAAAUCAUACUGUCUGCCUUUUUUAGCCAUGCCCCUUCACUCCAGAAAAACACUCCCUUAUCAAAGCGUUGUACUCUGUCAUGGACCAUCAAAGGCUGGUCACCUCUUAUAUUCAGUGGACUACAAAUCGGCAACAAGCGCUUUGAGACGCAAUAAACACACAACACAGAUGGUUGUGAACCCAGAAUUACUUCUGCUUGUUUAUUCAAAGUAGGGUGCAUUUAUGCAUAAUAUUGUUGGCAGCUAAGCUUGAAGGUUAAGAAAUAAGGUGGUUAAAAGUAGGAAAGUCAAAAGAUAAAAUUAGUUAACGUGGCUACAUAUUUCAUAGCAUAUAAAAUUAGUUUACAAAACCGUGUAUGGUUACAUAUUUCAUAAGAAAAGGUUGCAAGAUAAAAUUAGUUAGCAAACAGUCACACAAUGUAUAGAUUCCAAUAAGUGCUCAGUUGGGGGCUAGAGUACACAGAGAACGCAACUUAUGCUGACCCGUAUACAGCACUUUACAGCGGUUCAUUACAUAUAAAGAGCAUCAGAUGUAGGCCUUAAUUACGCUGAACAUUGGAAUCAAGAUAUAUUUCCUCACAACUCCGUUUAGCCACUGACUAUACUGAAUGAAAACAAAACAACCUGUGUUAGAAGGAGGGGACCCCCCUGAAGUAUCUGGGGAUCCGGCUGACGGCGAAUCCUGAUAGUCUACAUUCAGCUAACUAUACCCCUCUGAUACAAACAUUAAUGAAAGACCUCGUAAAGUGGACGAAUAAGCAGAUAUUGUGGAUUGGACGGAUACAUUCUGUCAAGAUGAAUGUCCUCCCUCAUAUGUUGUCUAUGUUCCAGGCGCUACCCAUUCGUCUCACCAAAGCGCAAUUGAAACCACUACAACAAACAAUAGGGAAUUUCAUCUGGCAGAAGAAGACACAGGAUCUCCAGGGGACGCAAGGACAGAGGAUAGCUGGGCCUUCUGAAUCUGUAUUUUUACUAUCUCGCGGCUCAAUUGGCCCAAGUGGUUCUGUGGCAUUCACCACCAGACGAGAGGAGAUGGGUCGAGGUGGAGUCCCUAAUGGUGGGUUCAAAUAUCCCCCAGUUUGUAAUGUGGGUGCCUAGAUAACACAGACCCAAGAUACGGGUGACAUGCCCGUCGAUUCUCUACUCCAUUCGGAUCUGGGAUGCGACCAAUGUGAAGUACGGGCUGGCCUCGACACCCUCCCCCUUGACUCCGCUGUAUCGAAACAUGGAAUUCCCCCCCGGAAUGGUACCAAAGGAUUUCUGUAACAUUGAGAUAACCGACCUGCAGAGAAUUUACCACUUAUACCGGAGCAGAAAGGUCGUGAGCUUCGAGGAGCUUCAACUGGAACAACACUUGACGCCAGCCGAUUUCUUUCGAGAUAUAUAUAUAUAAUGAUGGGAGUUGCACUCCAGCUCUCCUCAGUUACUGCCCAGUGCUCAGCUGCACAAAUGUAUAAAGUUCACACAAAGCCAGCACUCAAGGACUAUAAAGUUGCAAAAAAGAUGAAAAACCUUUUAAUCCAGUAGGUCAAGAGGUCAACGUUUCAGUCCAUCGUUGUGGACUUUCAUCAGGACGUGUAUGUGUAUGUAUGUAUGUGUGUGUGUGUGUGUGUAUAUAUAUAUAUAUAUAUAUAUAUAUAUAUAUAUAUAUAAUAUAUACACAGCUUAGAGAUUUUGCUAGAUGACCACACAUCAAAGUAGCGGCCCAGGGACCACAUACCUUUUUAUGAAUGGCUGUGCUCGGCGGGUGCAGCACCCAAGGGACUAAUAACAACACUGUACUCCCACCUCUGCGACGAGACUAAAGAAUGGUAUCGGUUGUAUUGCACGGAUCAGUGGGAAGCAGACUUUGGAGAGGUACUGGAAGGCCUUGAAUGGCAAGAGAGAUGGGAAGCGAAUAAAAAAAGCUUCGAUUUGUGUAACACUUCAGGAGCAGACGUUGAAAACCAUGUUCAGGUGGUAUACUACACCCGUGAAGCUGUGCAGGAUGCGAAAAACCGAUUCGGAUAAUUGCAGGAGGGGGUGCGGUGCUAGAGGAACAUUUGUGAAACAUAAAUUGUUGUACUUACCGUGUGGGGAAAAAAAAGGGAGGCGUGCAGAUUAUGAUAUCAAUACUGGUUUGUAGUUUCUAUGACUUUCUACAACCAGGUUGUAAACUAAAAGCCACUCAUUCAGUGCUUUUGUGGCUGAGACUUUGUACAUAGUUUUGAUAAGGAAGUCUUUCUGGCAUAAGUGGUGUGGCUGAGGUGAUUGGUGUAUGGCGCAGAAUGCUUUUGAAAUUUUUUUAUUUUUUAUUUUUUUUUUAUUUUUUUGAGCAUGCAAAAAAAAAAAGUAGCAUAUUAAUGAGGCCAAAAUCUUUCCUGGUGCCCGGAGUGUCCCUUUGAGAGACAAAAAAACCCUGGAUUUUGUGAAACCACACAAAAGAAUUUACACCCAACGUCUUUGUACCAUAGCUGUACUGUAACCCCAAUACAGUAAUUUGAAGAGAUAAUGAUUGCUUAGAUUGUACUCUUUAGGCAUACAUACACAAGAGGUGCAGCUUAUGAAUUCUUGCAAUGAAAUUAAAAUGUAAUCAUUUUGACAUUCUAUUGUUUUUCAGCUGUGCCCGAAAUUUUUACACACCAACUCGACCAGUCACACCUGGCCUUUCAGUGCUGUUGCUGAACUAAUAGGUAUGUGCCGAUUCAUUUAUUUAUUCAUUCAUUUAUUCCCUUCUGCAAAUCUUUGCAUCACCAGUGCAUUGAUGCCCAGUAGUAGUUGGCAGUUUAUUCAACAUUUUCUUUAUCACAUUCUUUUAUUUCUCCUAUUUGUUUUUUUCUUUCACACAAUGAUACUUAAUGAGUACAUUACAUGUUUUCCAGUCCGAUAAUCAAAAUUCCAUAGCUACUCAAUAAGUGCUUGUAUUUCUUAUUUUCCUGUUUUAUCCAUUUGAGUAAUUUGAAAUGCUGCCUUUAUGUUGCUGACUGGCACACACUAUUUUGGUCAGUUUAUAAAUAUGAGGAAGGCUUGAGGACUGUUAAAUCGCAGUUCUCACCCUCGAGAAGUGAUAAUAUGCAAGUGAUAGUCAGUCUUUAGACCCAUCCUUGCAAGUCCUUCCCUUCUUCUCCAGCCCACACUUUCUAUGGCUGCCCAAUCAGACUUCCCAAAGCAGGUCAAUGAGAAGUCUCUGCAAGGCAGAUGCUCUGGCAAUUGCUGCCUCUUGAGUUUAGCUCCACUGAGUCUAAGCAAACCAGGAAGUAGCAGAACUGACAGCCAUGGGGGUAACAAAGUUUAUUUUUGUAAAAUGGAAUACAAAAACACAUUCUUCACAUGUAAAGCACUUCAGCAAGCUAAUGUAUUAAUAUGAAUAUUUUCACAUUGCAGUUGUUUUAAAUUACUUGGUGUGAUUUGACAUUGAGUGAUGAAUCCUGUAUGUUAUAUUAAUUGGUCCCAGCAGCACCCUUCUAAAGUAUGCAUGUUCUGGUGAGCGCAGCCCUUCUGCCAGUUGUAUAUAAUGUCAUAAUCUGCCCGUCAUAUCUAUGGGCAGGUCAUGUUUUAUAAUCCCUUACUGAAAGGAUAGAGAUGUCAUCUGUGCAAUUAUUUCUCCGGGUUAAUAAUGCAAGGAUCAUACAUGUCCCGGUCCGGUUGGUAUUAUGGAGAGAUACACUCCUGAGCAGCACCUGCUCACACUUAUCUAGUAGGAUUUAGGACUAGUUUAUUUAUUUGCUUAGGGGAGAUGGUUAAUCUGAGGCUGCUGCCCUUGGCAAAUCACACUUCCUCUGUUAGUGAUAUAAAAUGUUUGCCUAAAUGUAACUGCUUCACGACCAGGUUUAGACACAUCCCUGCUUAUUGAGAAAGUCCUGAUAUUCCAUUGUUCCAGUAGUUCCUAAAAUCUUUGUUCUGCUUUUGCUGGAGCCAUUGCCAGUCAACUGAGCUUGAUUUUACAUAAAUUACACAGAACAAUUCUGUGUCUGUCAAUGUACUAAAAGGAAAAAAAAAAUCAAAUCUGUAUGAGUGUAUAUAUGCAAUAUAUGUUUGUAUGUUCUCUCUCUCCUCUAUAUUCUCUCUAUCUAUCUAUCUAUCUAUCUAUCUAUCUAUCUAUCUAUCUAUCUACACACAGCAAUUCUAUAUAAUGGACAAGGUAGAAUUCCGUGAAGCUUUUGUCUACAUCUUAUUUGUUUUCUCCUUUUCCUUUUUUGAUAUGUUUUGUUGCUUGUGAUAAUAUCCUAGAACUGUGAUGUUUGCUCCAUCAAAGUAAUAACGUUCUUAUUUAGAUUUUAAAUAAAACUUACUGGGAGCCUACUAUUGCCAUAGCUUUAGAUAUUUGCCUAUAAAUAACUAUAAAGUCUGCCUUCUCCCCAUCCCUGGAGUCAUUUCCAAUUUCCUGUGGCUUUGAGAGUCCCUGAUUUUAUGCGGUUUCUUUGCUCAGGCCAAACUCUGACUGUAGUUGCCAUGGUAACGUUCCGGGGACCUCACCAGAUUGCAUCUUGAUGUAUUUUAGAUCUCAGCUUUGCUACAUUCUGCCACAAAUAGGCAAUUGCUGUAGUAACAGGCUUGGACAUCUGCCAAGUUGGAUGGUGAUUUUGAGUAUAAUUAUUGUUACAUUACUUUUGGCUACACAUAGAGUAUUUAUAUUAUUUUUCCAUGUUUGGGAAUCUUUCCUGAAGAGUUUGUUGAACCUGAUCGAUGCAAUGUGAAAAUAACAGGGUUUGGGCAGAAAUCUUACAUUAUCACAAAUGCCAGUGAAUACAGGAAACCUCAUCUUUCCUACAAAUAUCUGUGAUGGGGUGACCUCAAACGUGCCACAUCACAGCACAAGGCAUUUGGAUCAAAAUCCAGUUCCAAAACCCAACUAGGAAUAAAAAUAAUGGCAGACAGAAUUCCUUUUAUUUCCAACACGUUUUUGUCUAGGCACCAUUAGCAACCUUUUUUUUAUUUUUCCAAUGCAAACUUUCAGGUCAUAUAAUAGUAAAUAAUAUAUAUAUAUAUAUAUAAUAUAUUUAUUUUGUUUUUGGUUUUUUUUUUAAAUGUAUUUUUUGCCAUUUUUGUUUUGUGGUAUUCUCAUAAUUAUUUUGAAAUGGAAGUAUGUUUCAAUAUCUCUUUUAUGUAAAUAUUAUCCUGUUGAGGUUAAAAAGCCAAAAUGUCCCAGUGUUUUUUCUGUUCUGUUUAGGCAGAAAUGUAAAAGUUGGCAUAGCCACAAUAUUGAAAAGUGAAAAAAUAUGUGCGUGUAUAUAUAAUAUUAUUAUACAUAUAAAAUCAGGAGGGAACAGCAUACCACAUAGUAAACAAGUUAUAAAUGUAUAAAGGCUAAAUAAGAACACCUUUCUGAAAUGGGAGUUUAGCCGCUUUAUGGCCACAAAAAUUCCUAGCCGGACACCUUCAUCAAAAUGCCAGUUUUGGCAGCUUUCUCAGUAUCCCUUACUCACAGGAACCCUGGGUCAGCUCUUAGCAGGUGCACUGCAUCUGGAUCCACUCUUUAACCCGCCCACACUGGCCAAUGGGAAAAUUGCUAGUGAGCUGUGAUGGCCAUGGGCUGAGUCCAUCAGGGGGGAUCAAAGGAUCUUUCCUGGUAGCAUCAGCUGUGUGCCUUAACGGGCUGGUGGAUAAAAUAAAUUAGGUCCAGGCACUCAGUGCUGCAGAAAGGAACAAAAAAGUGCAAUGUUUGGCCUACACAGAGGCCUUUGUCAAUCUAAAGGGCUGGUGGGAGAUCAGAUUGCUCAAGGCACCUUAUUGCAGGAGAGGGAGGACCCAGGAGACUCUAACCUGGACCUUUUGCUGGAUGGAGAACAUUCUGCCUCGAGAGUUUGGUAGUUUGGAGCGUUGCUGCGAGUUACCACAGCAACGCUCCGACAUUCCAGAAUGCCAUGAAAGAAGUGUGCUCACCCUGUAAUCAGAGGAGAUUGCAUGCUAUAAUUAUGAAGUACAACUGGAACACCAGGGUUCUCAAUGUCCCCCCUCUCUGGCCAUAUGUAAUAAGGGAGAUGGGAAAUAAACAGUUUACAAGUGAAGAAUUACCUUAAAGAAACACUUACAUAUAUUACUGACACUACAGAGCUGGUGUGGCUGUUUAGAUCCUUGUUUCCCCCUCCCUUAAGAUUGCUCUGAAAAGCUGUUAACUCCUUAAGGACUGGCCUGUUUUGACCAGAGCGCUUUUAACACUUUUGUGGUGUUUGUGUUCAGUUGUAAUUUUCCGCUCUCUCAUUUACGGUUCCCAUAGAAAUUGUGCAUGUUAUAGGGCUAUAAAUAGAAGUAAGAAAUUGCUGUUUCAAUAUAUAUAAUUUUUAACUGUAUCAAUAGUGACAUUGUAACACUGUUAUCUGUCAUAAAUCCCCGAAUCACACCUCACAUGUACAUAUUUUUUUUUUUUUUUUUAAAGUAGUCAACCCAGGGUAUUCAAUAUGGGGUAUGUCCAGUCUCUUUUAGUAGCCACUUAGUCACAAAUACUGGCCAAAGUUAGCAUUUAUAUUUGUGUGUUAAAAAUGCAAAAAAUGCUAACUUUGGCCAGUGUUUGUGACUAAGUGGCUACUAAAAAAGGCUGAACAUACCCCAUUUGCAAUACCUUAGGUUGUCUUCUUUUGCAAAUGGUAUGCCAUCAUGGGGGUAAUUCUCAUUCCUCAGCUACCAUACGCUCUCAAAGGCAACAUAACCAAUCUGCCAAAUUUCAAUGAAGGAAAAAAAAACUCUACAUGUGGGGUACUGUUAUACUCAGGAGACUUUGCAGAACAGUAAAACGUAUCACAGCAAUAAUAUCAUCAGUGAAAGUGCCGUUUGUGUGUGAAAAAUGCAAAAAAUGUCACUUUCACUGACUAUCAUCACUGUGAUAUGUUUUACUGUUUUGAAACACUAAUUUUUGUGUUCAGCGAAGUCUCCCAAGUAAAACAGUACCCCCAUGUACAGGUUUUAGGAUGUCAUAGAAAGUUACAGGGUUAAACACAGUGCUAGCAAAUUAAAUUCUCUGGACUUUUGGCCUGGGUUGUCAGGCAUGUCCCUCAGAUUGCAAACAAUUACUUAAUUAUGUUAAAAUAUUACAUAAAUAUGCACUUAGAAUUUAAAUAUAUAUACAUAUUUAUAUAUUUGAAGUCUACGUGUAUAUGUAUGUAAUUAUGUAUAUGGACAUAUAUAUUUUUCGUAUUUUUAUUUGUGUGUGUGUGUAGAUAGAUAGAUAUAGAUAUAUAUAUAUAUAUAUAUAUAUAAAUAUACAGAUUAUUUUAUUAUAUAUAUAGUUAUUAUAAUAUAUAUGUGUAAUUUAAAUAUGAGUGUAUUUUUAUAUUAAUAUAUUUAUAUAUAAAUAUGAAAAUACACUGACAUUAUGUAUAUAAGAUAUACAUGUGAUAUAUAUAUAUAUAUAUAUAUAUAUAUAUAUAUAUAUUUUACAUGUAUGUGUAUAUAUAUCUUAAUAAUAUUAAUUAUUUUGUUUUUUUACACUGAUGGCUUUUUUUUUGCAAACUUUAUUUUCUGAUUUUACACUUGCAGGGAGACCGCCUGUGAGCACAGACAGUCCCCCUGCAGGCAGAUACACAGGCACCUAUUGCGGCCACGUGAUCAGCGAUCACGUGGCCCCGGGGUCCUGAUUUGCCGCGAGGAGACUAACUUGUCAGACAGGCAGUCCCUCCCAGACUGGGAGAAACGCUGAUCGGCGCCGGUGAAACGGCGGUGAUCAGGUAAGUACCCCAAUACCAUUAUGACAGUUUUAGGACCGUCAUCGGUCCUCAAGGGGAUGUUUCCGAUGACGGUCCUGAACCGUCAUAGGUCCUCAAGGGGUUAAUCUCACUUUUUUCCAUAUCCACGAUGGUCUCAUGGCAGCGGGCUCCGCUUGGCCCUACCUCCAUGACUUGGAUCAUCAAUUAUGAUUAUCUUGGCCAAUUCAAUGGUUUCACAUAGGAACGCAUUUGGAAGCUAUUGCACAUACGCAAAAUUCUGCACUGCGCCAAUCAGCAUCUUCUCAUAGAUCAUGAUCUAUUGUCAUAGAAGAUCAUAGAUCCUCAUGCAUCUCUAUGGAGAAUGUUCAGCACCAUAAUGUGCAGCACUGACCCGGAAAGCACCUCUAGUGGCCAUCCGAGUGACUGCCAUUAUAGGUGCUACAAUGCAGCAAAAAAAAUAAAAAAAAAAAAAAAAAUAUAUAUAUAUAUAUAUAUAUAUAUAUAUAUAUAUAUAUAUAUACAUACACACACACACCAUUUAAUUAGAAAAGCCUGCAGGGACAAGUUAUAGACACCAGAACAACUACAUUAAGCUGUAGUUGUGCUUGUGAGUCUAGUGUCCCUUUAAUAAUAAAAUAUCGCUUUUAUUGUGUAGUGUAUAAAAUAUAAUUCAAAAAGGAGCUAUAUAAAACACAUAACAAAAUUUGAAGUGAUAUCUGAGUAGUGGCACACAAACUGAUGGAGGGGCAAAAUUAAAUAUUAUACCUAAAAAGAUCUGAGUGAGCAAGCCAAUAGAUGCUAUAAAAGCCUAUAAUUUAGGUCAGCAUGCUGAUAAGAUAUUAAAGGAACACUAAAGUCACCAGAACAACUUUAGCUUAAUGAAGCUGUUUUGCUGUAUAGAUCAGUGGUUUCCAAACUUUUUAGGUUCAAGGCACCCUUAAUAUUUCAGUAUUUUUCCAAGGCACCCCAAGUCAAAAUUUCUAGGUUGCAUAUCUGUACAGCGCUGUGGCAUGUACUGGCGCUGAUGUAGAAUUAUUAAAAUCUUUACUGAACUUGUAUUGAAUAAUUGUACUAACUCCAUUUUUAAUCUCACACUGUGACAGAACUCUCCAUUUUGUUCACCUUACAUGACAGUAUUCAAUAUAAUGAAUAAGAGAUUGUAUUUUCUCUCUCUAAGGACAUAACUAGCCCCGGAGUUAGCGGAUCUCCGUUGACUUGCAACAUAGUAUAAUCUAAGGCCAGGAGAACAGCGACUAAAUGAAAUGUUCUAUUCAUAAAAGAACCUUGGACCAGACCACGAGACUGACAUCACUAACUACGUAAAAUGAUGCCCAAGCCCCCCCUUUCCACCGAGUAAGCCUCGUGCUAAAGAGCAAUGACAUCCCAUGAUGGGAGGGUUCCUCACUAGUCACUCAAAUCUCUGAGCCAAUUAAUAAUAUUAAUGGGUGGGCACUGACAUAGCCACUUAACAUUUAACCCAAUUAAUGAUGUUUAUUUGUUAUUAUCUGAUAUUCAAUGAUGAUGUCAUUUUGCAUAUAAAAAGGCCUGCGUGCCCGCUUUUUAACUAGAUGCUAAUAAAUUUCCUGAAGUGUUUUUAACCUGAACUGCAUGUGUCAGUGUGAACUUACUUCUGCGUAUACGCAAUUUAUUCAUCUCAGAUUUGGACAGGAACAGAUAGACUUUUAAACAUUUUUGUUUAUUUCUAAAUUAAUCUACAUCAGCGCUAUAGUGUAAUGUACAGUGUUGUUGUUUGAAGGGGUGCUUGUAUACAUUUAUUGUGUUUUAAUACAGGGGUAUGUUUGCAUUUGAUUGCAGGGGUGUGUCUGAAUGUAAUGUUCAAUUUUAAAUGUGGAUUUACAUUUCUGGGAAGUAUUUGUGUUUCAGUGAAGGGGUGUGUUUGUAUAUAUUUUUUGAGUUUGAAUGCAGGGGUGUGUAUGUAAUAUGUGUUAGCUUGCAGGAGUGUGCUUGUAUGUUGUGCUGGUGUUUGACUGCUUGAAUGUAUGCACAUACACUAGGAAUGCACCGAAAUUAAAAUUCUGGUCCGAAACCGAAAAUUCAGGAUGCUUUCGCCGAAAACAGAAACCGAAAAUGACUUUUUCCCCAAAUGAUUUUAAAAAAAGUUUCCCUAUAAUUUUAUUAAUAUUAGACUUUUUAAUGAAUUUAAUUGAAUAUGAAAAACUUCCCUUCUCUUUUAGUGCCCCCCUUAAUGUUCCUGUCUCCCCCUCUAGUGUUCUUUCCUCCCUCCUCCCCAGUCCCAUAGUGUUCUUUCCCCCUUCCCCCCGUUUCAUUGUGUUCUCCCCGUCUCAUUGUUUUCUCCCCCCGUCUCAUUGUGUUCUCCCCCCCGUCUCAUUGUGUUCUCCCCCCCGUCUCAUUGUGUUCUCCCCCGUCUCAUUGUGUUCUCCCCGUCUCAUUUGUAUGUUUCCUCCCCGUCUGAGUGUGUUUCUCCCAGGCCAUUGUUCCCCGUCCAUUGUGUUCUUUGUCCCUCCCUGUCCCAUUGUGUUCUUCAUCCCUCCCGUCCCCUAGUGUUCUUUACCCUCCCGUCCCCUAGUGUUCUUCACCCCUCCCGUCCUAGUGUUCUUCGCGCCCUCUCCCCAUCACCUAGUGGUGCUACCCCCUCCCGUCACCUAGUGUUCUUUUACCCCUCCCGUACCCCUGGUGUUCUUCACCCCCUCCAAGUCCCUAGUGUUCUUCAUCCCUCGUCACUGGUAACAUUUGCCUCCCAGUCACCUGAGUGUUCCUCACCCCUCCCGUCACCUAGUGUUCUUCACCUCCCGUCACUAGUGUUCUUCACCUCCCGAUCACCUGUGUUCCUCACCCCCCCUCCCGUCACCUAGUGUUCCUCCCCCCUCCCGUCACCUAGUGUUCCUCACCCCUCCCGUCACCUAGUGUUCCCCCCACCCCUCCCGUCACCCCUGGUGUUUCCCGCCCCCUCCGUCACCUAGGUUUCCCCCACCCUCCCAAUCACCAGUGUUCCUCUCACCCCCUCCCGUCACCACAAGUGUUCUUCACCCCCUCCGUCACCCUAGUGUUCUUCACCCCCUCCCGUCACCCUGGUGUUCCUCACCCCUCCCGUCACCUAGUGUUCCUCACCCCUCCCGUCACCUAGUGAACCUCACCCCUCCCGUGCCUAGUGUUCCCCACCUCCCGUCACCUAGUCCUCACCCCUCCCGAUCACCUGGUGUUCCUCCGCCCCCUCCGUCACUGGUGUUCCUCACCCCCUCCCGUCACACCUGGUGUUCCUCACCCCCCUCCCGAUGCCUAGUGUUCCCCCCCCCCCAUCCUAAGUGCAGUAUUCUUGACUUGCCAUGUUAUCAUUGCGAUCUUUCAUUGUGAUAUAUAAUCAUCUGAAUUGUUAAUGCAAGCAUGACUGUUAAACUAUGCACAACAAAACAAUAUUUUUUUUUUCCAGCAAAUUUGACAAGGGGAUAGGAUAGGCCCAUUUUGGCAGCCAAAAUUUUGGUGCAUCCCUAACAUACACUACCACAUGCAUAUAAAUACACAGACACACAAAUUCAUAUAGACACGACACAACACCCCAGGAAGUACCUCUAACAGUUAUCUGAGGAGUGGCCAGUAGAGGUAUCAGUAGACUGUAAUGCAAACACUGCAUUAUCUCUGAAAAGACAGUGUUUCCAGCAAAAUGCCUGUAGGGAAAGAUUCUACUCAACAAAUACAAUAAGCUGUAGUUGUUCUGGUGACUAUAGUGUUCCUUUGAGUUUUGGAUUAGUCCAAUUAAAAAACAAAACCAAAAAGCUAUCAUUGCAUACUGCAAUACUGUGGUGUUUGAGGGAGGGAGGGAACAAACUAACACACACACACUGUAAGUAUUAAUAUAUAUUUAUAUCUAAAUACACUUAGAAAUUGGGUUUUGCAUGUAAACACGCAAUAUAUAUAUAAAGAUUCUAAACGGACAACUGCUAAAAUAGCCUGCCCUUCGAUGGGUCCCUGCUCAGAUCUCAAGCUGGUUUUUGCUCAUCUUGUGUCAUUACAAAAAGAAUCAGGCCAUUUGCAUAGCAGAACAAAUCCAAAAUGCAGGCCAGCUCUCUCUGCACAAAGGAUACAUGUAUUUUAUUUAUAUUAUUUUUUUAAUUAUUUAUUGGUGGACCUGCCUAACAGCCCAGACAGAAAUACCAGAGAAUUUAAUUUGCAAUCCCUAUAUUUAACCCUGUAACUUUCCAAAACACCAUAAAACCUGUACAUGCGGGUUACAGUUGUACUGGGGAGACUUCGCUGAACACAAACAUGAGUCUUUGAAAACAGUAAAACAAAUCAUAACAAUUAUAUCAUCAGUGAAAGUGUAGUUUAUAUGUGAAAAAUGCAAAAAAAUAUGAACAGUGUUUGCCAGAGUUUGCGACUAAGUGGCUACUAAGAAAGCUUGGACAUAUCCCAUUUUGAAUACCACUAGUUGUCUAUUUUUGCAAAUGGUGUGCCAUGAUGGGGGUAAUUUUAAUUCCGGGGCCUGUACAUACUCGUGGCACAUCACUGAACAGAUAUUAUGUGCAUUUCAUUGCAGUAAAAGCUAACUGUUUUAUGACAUGCACAGUUAAAAUGCCAUGCAAAACUUGGAAAAUAAUUUGCCAAUAGUGAGUGGGAACUUUGAGCUAUGUGUGUAUUAUGUAUAUAUAAUCUGUGUGUGUGUUUAUCAGCAAUUAGUUCAGCAAAGUAACGAUGUGAAGUACGUCUAUGUACAUAUAUCCAACAUCUAACCUAUUCUGGUUUUCUCCUCCAUGCUUAGAUAAUGCCUAUGAUCCUGAUGUCAAUGCAAAACAAUUGUGGAUUGAUAAAACCACCAUGAAAGGCCACAUGUGUUUGACGUUUACGGACAAUGGUAAUGGCAUGAAUCUUGAUAAACUUCAUAAAAUGCUCAGGUAGGUGUCCAUUUUCCUAAAACCACUUUUAUUUCACAUUGACAGUCUGUUCAAAACAAGUUGAAAUGAUCAAUGUACAAGGAAAAUUUAAAUUUAUUUCCUUCUUGCCCACUUUACUAAACUGUACAAGCUCUGAAAUUUUUAAUUUACAGUUAGAACAUGCAAUGGAGAUUUUGCAGAAAAAUAAACCUGGCACAUUAGUAGAUUUAAUUAAACUGCUAGAUUUCUACAAUACAAGUUUUGAAGGAGGCUAGUAAAACUCUGUUCUCUAUCAAAUGCUGCUCCUAGACAAUUUACUGCACUUGUACAAUAGCCAUCCAAUGCUUCCCUAUAUGGAUGCAUUGUAUUGGCUAAUUUCACCAUCUUAAUGAUCUCUGCCAGGGAGGCGGAGCAGCCUCACUGAGACCAGUGCAGCGAGGAAGUAAAGGUACGUAAUUCCCUUUUUAAAAAAUUUUUUUAUUAUUAUUUUUGCAGUGCAUGGUUUAACAAACAGUCUUGCGCUGCCACAACAGCAGAUGCAGGCGGAGAACAGUGUACAGAGUAAACAGUAUUGUGGCAUUCAAUAACGGCACAUUUUAAAAAAUUAAAGACUAGUUAGGUAAUGUAGUUUAGGACCUCACCUCUAACUCGGUGGGUUCAUGUGAUAGGUGCAUUAUACAUAAUGGUUAAUAUCUAGUGAGAGACAGUAUGAGAAGACAAAUAGGGCUUAGCCUUGUAAACAGUACAAGUAUAAUAUGCUGUGUGCGCAAGUCAUGAUAAGAUGUGCAGCAGAUCAGUAUGGCAGACGAUAAAAUAAACACGUAUGGUGCCUGACAUCCGUGUGUGAUAAGUUACACGACUGGCUAAAACUAUGGCAGAGUGCGUACUAUUCAAUCUGGAACUAGUUAUGCCCGCCAAACAAAUGAAUUUACUUGACUGGUAUGCAAGCUAGACGAGAUAAAAUAAACAUGCUGGGUUUAAUUCGGGCUAAGCAAAUACAUUACAGUUAAAUACAGGCUAAGCAAACACAUUACAAUCAAGACCAACGGAGACGAGCCGGCUGCUGGGUACAGUACGUUCUUCUGUGCGGGUCUAGGCACGAUCGUUGGUGAGUGUUCUCAACCCCCUCUGCAGGGCGGGAUAGCACAGUGGUCUUGGGGGGCUUGGCUAUCAGGUCGUGUGGGGGGACCCUGUCCAUCCCUCAUAUGAGUAAGGAUCCACAAUGCUCCUCUAGAUGGUCCUUCCUUGGCAGGGGGUCUUUUAGCUGACCUGGUUGUUGGUUGCUUCCAGCUGAUCAUGGACUUGUGGAGUCUGGGUGCCACGUGUCUUCGGCCUGAGGCCUUAAAGGGAACUCCAUGCUUUUGUGACAUGGAUCCCGUUUUGAGGGUCGUGGACCCAGAGUUCCUCCAGUUCCCGGUGGUCUCCCUGGGUGUAUGGCUGGUGUAGGAGAGGUACCUCCAGGUGAGUACCCAGCCCAGAAGAAGGGCAAGCGGCGGAGACUGCAACGUCGGCCAUGCGUGUGGCUGGGCGUCUUGGAUCGGUGAGGCCGGUCGCUGUGAGAACUUCUGUUUGGGGCUGUGGGACAAGAGUGAUAGGCAGCUGCACCUGCUCUGCACGAGCUGCAAUCUGGUUCCAGAACGCUGUACAGAUCCUGUCGAAGUUGUCAUUAUAUUUGGUUUCCCACGCCGUUGCAGCGUGCAGCUGUUGCGUCGGCCAUAUUGGUUGCGGCCCAGGAGCGGGAAGCGGUGGCAUAGAUGAAUGGGAUGCUCUCGGCAGCCUUUUCUUGGGAUGACCCCCACCGGUUCAGGAGGGGGUGGGUUGAUUGUGUUAGCCUGGCGGCCCCAGGGUGGAGGAUUGGCCGUUUCCUCCUUCCGUGGGAGCCUCAACGUGAGUGGGCCACAAAAGCGGCUUCUGGCUGCAGGUCAGCGGGCGAGACUCCGGAGUCGCCUGAGAGGGGUCCUCAUCGGCUAGUUACGGUAUGCGAUCUCGUUGGCUGCUGUUUUGGGGGUAGCAUCUCAGUUUGUUUCCAGUUUUGCUUAUUUUGUGUGAGGAGCUCACCUCACACACGUCUGUCGACCAUGCUGGUUAGGCCCCACCCCCAUGUAAUUCCUUUUAAACCACCACAGGGUCAAGUAAAACUAUGACGUUGGAAUAUAUGUUUGCUUUUCUUAUACUAUACCCCCUCUCUCUCCCCCUCUCUCUCCCCCUCUCUCUCCCCUCUCUCUCCCCUCUCUCUCUCUCUCUCUCUCUCUCUCCCCUCUCUCUCUCCCCUCUCUCUCUCCCAGCUCUCUCCCUCUCUCCCGCUCUCUCCCCUCUCUCUCCCAGCUCUCUCCCCUCUCUCUCCCCCCUCUCUCUCCCCCCUCUCUCUCCCCUCUCUCUCCCUCUCUCCCCCCUCUCUCUCUCCCCCCUCUCUCUCCCCUCUCUCUCCCUCUCUCUCUCUCCCUCUCUGUCUCCCCUCUCUCCCCUUUCUCUGCCCCCUUUCUCUCGCCCCCUUUCUCUGCGCCCCUUUCUCUCCUCUCGCCCCUCUCUCUGCCCCCUCUCUCGCUUCCCUCUCUUUCUCCCCCUCUUUCUCCCCUCUUUCUCCCCUCUUUUCUCCCCUCUUUCUCCCCCUCUUUCUCCCCCCUCUUUCUCCCCCCUCUUCUCCCCCCCCUCUUUCUCCCCCUCUUUCUCCCCCUCUUUCUCCCCCCUCUCUCUUCCCCCCCCUCUCUCCCCUCUCUCCCCUCUCUCUCCCCCUCUCUCUCCCCUCUCUCUUCCCUCAAACAUUUUUGUGCCUAAUGACAAAAGCCCAAACAUUAUUAUUUUUUCUUUUUAGCUUUGGCUUCAGUGAUAAAGUAGCUGUUCACGGCCAUGUUCCAGUCGGACUUUAUGGGAACGGCUUCAAAUCUGGAUCCAUGCGACUGGGGAAAGAUGCCAUCGUAUUUACUAAAAAUGAUUCUGGCAUGCAUGUGGGCAUGUUAUCCCAGACCUUCUUGGAGAAGAUCGGUGCAGAACAUGUCAUGGUCCCAAUAAUAUCAUUCAAUAAACACAAUAUCCUUUUCUGUAUGGAGAUAAUGUGAUCACUAUUAUAAUACAUACUAGAAUGAAUUAUAGUUACCUUUUUUACUCCAAAAUGUAAUUGCACAUUAAAUUCAAGUAAAUACAAAAUAUGACGUAGUAAGAAAAUAUAAAUGUGAUGCACUUAAAAUGUGAGUACCAAGUCAGUGUUGGAUGGGCACCUUAGUACCUGGCCCAUGACUCCACCUUGCAGUGAACCAUCCAGGAUCCAGAACUCAAUAAUGGUCCAUCACUCCUCUAUAGUUCAUUAGCCUUUUUAUUAGGUGUACAAAAUAAGGUGUGUACAAAUUUUUUUGUCAUGACAAUCUGUAAAAAUAUGACAGGGAGGAUAUAUUCUCCUUUGGUUUAGAGUUCAUUUAUUUAUGUCUCCCCAAUGUAUUCUGGAAUUUUCUUAACCUUUUUUUGACGGCAGCUUGCAAAUACAGCAGAUUCUGACGCUAACCUGGAAGCAAUCUUAAAGCAUUCACUGCUUUCAAGUGAAAGGGAAUUGUUGGCAGAACUAGACGCCAUUAUUGGUAAGAAGGGGACAAGAAUAAUUAUAUGGAGAUUGCGCAGGUGAGCAUUGAUUUAAAGGUUUUUUUUUUUUUUAUAUGUAGAAAACCCGUGCAAACCAAGUGUUGUAUAAAGGGUAAUGCCCCCAAAAGUUAUCAUAAUUCAAUGUAAUGAAAAUACACUUCUAAAGAAUACAACCCAGUAAAUGCAAUAAUUUAUUCCUAGCUUAUAAUGUUUAGUAAAGGACUGGCUUUGGGAACAAAAUAAUCCAUACCAAUUAAAAAUGCACUUGUUAUUGUGUCUUUUAUAGAAAAAAAAUAAAGCUGUCAAAAAGCUUUAGUUUGGUAACUAUUAGCAUGCCCGCAAAUACUAGUUAAGUAAUUGUCCUGAAUGGAAGUCCAAUAAAUGGCAGUAAACAAAUGAGAACCGUUCUUUUCUUUAAACUAUCAAACUAUUAAAAGAGCAAUCUGUAAUCAUUUUCAUAAUAAUUUGAUAUGUUAAAGGUGCAGUGUAUGAAAACGUAAAACAUAAAAUGAAAGAAUUAGUUGCCGUUAAUGCACGGUAAUAUAUAUAUUUGUGAUGUGUGUGAAUAAUUAAUUUGAUUUAUUUAUUAAUUUUGCAAAUCAUUGCAGUUCUAAGUUAAUUUGUGCAAGAUGACCAGGGCAGCAGAUUGUCCUGCACCAGCAUAGGAGCAUAGAUUGCACUUAAAGCGUGCCAAAGUUGUAUUUUUCUCCAUUUUUAUUUCCUUUCUGUAUCUGAUAAGAUUCAUUCAGACAGUCAAAUUUGGAGAAAACACAUUAACAAAAUGGUUUAUGAUCGUAUAGAACUUGUGGAAAUAAAAGCUGUUUAUUAAACAACCAUCAUUUUAACUUUCUGAUUGACCGAAGUGUUUGUGUUUUUUUUUAUUUUUUAUUCUUAGGGAGAAACGUGGAUCUCCAGAGUUUGAUUUUGAGUCUGAUAAGUAUGAUAUUAGGAUUCCUGAGGAGAUUGACGGCACGCAGAAAAGAGGUUACAAAAAGCAGGAAAGAGUUGACCAGAUUGCUCCUGACAGUGAUUAUUCUCUGAGAGUAAGUAAGGUUUGCCACACGCAGAAGUUUUGUUUAAAUGUCCGUUAUAGCUACAAUAAGCCCAUUUUUUUAAUUUUUUUUUAUAUAUGGUAACAGUAUAUGAAGGGAUAGCUAACUAUGCAGAUAUGAUAAGCUUGUAACUACCCAAAUGUAAACUGCUUCUUUGCUUACCUGCAAACCCCAGUUUGUGUUUUAUGAAAAUACGGAGAGAUUAUGAUGUUUGGGAACAUUUAGCAAAGUUGCUUCUUUGCAAUAGUCAAUGCAUGCCACAGUAUUGGUUGGUGAAGAAGUUACUGUGGAGCGCCCGGAAAUGACCAUUAGUAGGUGAUAUACAGGUGUUGGAAUUGGAAAUGUUUGUAAUGAAAAUAGAAUAAACAUGAAGCCCUGGAAAAUAUUCAAAUGAAAGAGGAAGUUAUAUAUGUAUAUAUAAUUAUAUUAUAUAUGUAAAUUGGCUUUUCUCUCUCUUCCAUGUAUAUCUUUAGUUAUUAGGCUGUUGCUUGGCAACAGUCAAAAUAAAGAGUAAGAUUAAUGAUCAAGACUUGUUUCGAUUCCAUGUGUCACCCGGAUAGAUCAGUCUGUGACACAUUCUGAUCGUUCAAGCGGCUCUUACAUCUGCCCCACCCAGCACUAUAGUGUAAAGCUAAUUAAUUAUAGCGCAAUGACUCAACUUAAGAGCAACAUCCGCAUACAUUCUGGAGUCAUUGUUAUAGCAAUUAUUGAUGAAGAGGAGCUUUUGGUAACAAGUGGGGAAAAGCACAUCAUUUUUUUUUUUUAUAUUAUAUUAUGAAAUGAUUAGCUGUUAUAAGUAAUGUGUAGCCUCCUACUUGCUUUUGUCUCACAUUUUCAGCUUUUACAUGUUUUAAACAUGAAGAGUCGAAGUUGAUCUUAGGGUCCUGGGGUGUAUUAGGAAGAGUUCCCACAUUGGCCCAAUAAUAAUAAUAAUAAUAAUAAUAAUAAUAGUUUAAAUUUAUACCUCUGAGCAUUUCGUAAAGCUACAAAAUGAGUUUUGUGUCUGGAUCACAACUCAUGCCAGCUAUGUUUCUGAAAUUCACUGCAUUAGUGCUCUCACUGCAUCCAUAAUCUAUUCCAGUGGUGUCUGGUAAGGUUUUAAGAUGCCGGGGGUCUAAACUCCACUCUUGUAACGAUCCAUCACUUCUAACCUGUCUCCAUAACAUGUCCCUUUUCCUGUAGCUUUUUAUCUGUGACAGAUCCCCUUACCAGCAUUAACUGUGCAAUUUCCCAUUACAGAUCCCCUUUCCAGCAUCCCAUUGCCUUUUUAUAGCAUAUCUAGUCUCUUUUCUACAUAAUAGAUCCACGUCGGUUGCCAUUCCCCAAUUUAACAUUAUUUUGGUGCCAUUGCUCUCUCAGGCAAUUCUUUUACACAACAAAAAAAUAAAGCAUUGUUUUGCAUACUGUCCUAAGAUGUCGUAAAAUGUGGACUCAAGACUCCUCCAUGCACUCUUUGAAACAUUUGGCCCAUGGUGCAGAUUUUACUACAACUACACCUGACAGCAUACAGGACAAUGCGUUAAUAGAAAUCUGCUACUAAAACUCCUGCACUUUUCGGGAAACCCACCUUUCUGCUGACAAUGUCGAGCAAAGGCUGUGUGAUUCACAGACUUUAUUAACCCCUUAAGGACACAUGACAUGUGUGACAUGUCAUGAUUCCCUUUUAUUCCAGAAGUUUGGUCCUUAAGGGGUUAAACUUUGCACUCCUGCAUGUGAGCUAGACUAGUGGCUAAAAUAAUUAUUUCUAAUGAGAUGGGAAAAAAAAAUCACCUGCGCUUGGAUUCAAAUGCCAGGCCAGUUAAACUGCUGUAUGACACAAUUGGACACCCUCCCCCCCACACACACGUUUAACUUUUUUUUUUUAAAGCUGCCUUUUGUGUGGGGUUCUUCUAUUAUAUUGCAAAUGUUAAGUUGAUACUUGAUACUAAAAAUAAAUAAGUGAGGUGAGCACAUUACACCCACAACAAGCUCCCCAGGUAGUUAAGUGUCCCAGAAAAUCUAGUAGUAGUAAUUUUUUACAUUUUUUUUUUUUUUUUUAAAUCUAUUGGACAUUCUAAGCAUAUGACUGGAACAACAGCUCCUUUAGUCCCAAAGUUAAUUUGGCCAUGCCCUUAUGGAUAGACCACCACGACAUUUGACUUCUCACAACUGUCUGAUUAUAAAGCAAAAACUCUAGAAAAUAACAGAAGGUAAAAACUAAUUGAAGUUGAAAUAAAUUUGAGCAGUGAGUUAUUUUAUACAUUGUGCUAGCCACAUUACUAGAAAAUAUUAAGCCACCCAGCUUCAAUGUAACCCCUUAAAGACCAAACUUCUGGAAUAAAAGGGAAUCAUGACAUGUCACAUAUGUCAUGUGUCCUUAAGGGGUUAAACAAAAUACAGUUUUUAUUUUAAUUUUAUUUUUUUAAUUAAGUUGGGAUUUCCCUCUUGAACUACUGUCUAGAUUAACACCUAUUGUAUUUAUUUUGAAUGCUCACUUUAAUAGAUUACCCUGAUGCUAUAAAUCUAACAUGGCUCAUGCCCCUGAUACCUCCAUUAUGUGAUACAUAUUGUAUAGAGUUCUAAAGAAUGUAUGAAUACCAGUUAUUGACUGAUGGUUUUUGUAGUCAUAUGUUCCACUCUAGUGCACUCAAGCCUGUUCCAGUAAUUACCCUGUUAAUUCGCACUGUAGUUGGUUUGAGCUGUAAGUAAACUGUUCUGUGUCCAGUCAUUACAUGUGUCAUUUCAUUUUGUCUUUUACAGGCAUACUGUAGCAUUUUGUAUUUAAAGCCGCGGAUGCAGAUUAUUUUACGUCAACAGAAGGUUCAAACACAGUUGGUCUCUAAAAGUCUUGCGCACAUAGAGAAAGACGUCUACAGGCCCAAAUUUCUUGCUGUAUCCUUAUGCGGUUAUGGUUUUCAAGAAGUGUGUUGGCAUAAUGUAUUGGUUCAUUUCAAUUCUAUAUUUCAUUUUCUGAUGUUACUAUAUUCUAUAUAGGAACAGCAUGCCAGUUUAAAACUAUUGGAUUAAAAUAAAAAAAAGAUACAUUUUCUAUGGAUCUCUAUAAAUCAUAUAAGACAUCCAUGGUGGUUAGGGGGAUUGCGGCUUAACUGAUAAUUCUAAUUUAUUGUGAAAAACCAAACACGCAUUACUACCCUUCGACAUGAGUGGUGAAGGUAGAAGAAAACAUUAGGAAUGGGAAGAUAUAACCAUCUGUUUAAUGUAAAUCAUCAGAUCUUGAGUUUCACCACUAGCCUCCUAAUAUCACUCUGAUUAUGUAUGAUUGCAUUUCAAAAUAUUGUUUAUUAAUAAGUAAAAGCAUUAAUUGUAGAUCUCUAAGCUACAUCCUUCUGUGCGUCCAGUUCGCUCUACUACUUUCUUCCUUUUUGCCUGUUUCAUUUUACUUUCCCCGUUUUUCUUUUUCACUCCACAGUUUUAUUUUGUACAGGAUUGAAAUCAAUCUACCUCUAUGAGAAGAUUAAAGGGACACUAGAGGCACAACUAUUUUAGAUUAAGCAGUUUUGGUUUAUAGAUCAUAUCCAUGCAGUCUCGCUGCUCAAUUCUCUGCCAUUUACAAAUUAAAUUCCUUUAGUUUCUGUUUAUGCAAUCCUAGUAAAACCUACCCUGGAUGUGACUCAAACAACCGGCAUGAAAACAAAAUGGUUUAAUUUUCAAUCAGCUGUUAAUUUAUUUUAGAAGUUUUUAUAGCUUGCUCUGUAAAUUAAAUGGCACACAGGAGGCUCCGUCAGGGUCUAGAAGGCUAUUUAGAAUAGGAGAUACAAAAUUGUAAAUUACACAGAAUAUCGUAUUACAGCAAGUGUUUAGGGAGACUGAGAGUCAUGGCCAGGAGAGGUGUAUCUAGGGCUGCACUAACAACAUGAUUUACCUCCUAAAUGGCAGAGAAUUGAGCAAUGAGACUGCAGGGGUUUGAUAUAUACACAUGGGCAUACAGAGUACAAUUGUCUGAUUUAUAUACUAUUCAAUCCAUCACAUUAGUCAUACAGCCAUAAUCAAGGCACAAUCACUGAAUUAUAAAAAAUAAAUGGAGAAUCUGCGUUUGGUGUUAACUUGCACAAAACAAUACAAUAAAAUCUAUGGCAAAAGUGUUUAUUUUGAAAUGUAUAUAUUAAAAUAACAUUAUAUAUCCAGCUAUAGCACCAUAUUGCACCCACAGCACCUGGUUUCACUUGCCACAGCACUACUUAGCAUGCACAGCAUUUGCCACAGCACUACGUAGCACUCACAGCAGUUGCCACAGCACUAGAGAGGGGUCUCUCUAACAGAAGCCGUCUUAGUGUCCAUUAGACAGUCUUUGUUAGAAAGAGUCCACUCCAGGCUCCAAUAGAGACUACAGUGGAGUCUAAUGUUGAACUUGGGCGGCCGGCAGACUGUGCCACUCAGUCGGUGGGCAGCAGUGCCCUUUCUUCAGUCAGGCCCUCAGAUUCCCCCUUGCCACCCCCUGCGGAAUCCCAUGUCUCUACACCAAACUGCUUAAUUAAGCUAAGGUUUUUUUGUGUGCCUAUAGUGAUCCUUUAAACUUGUUUCUUUGGCAUCUGUUCUGGCAAUUUCAGCAGGUACCUUUUUAAACAAAAUAGUUUUUAAUAGAGCUACUUUUUGUCUUGGUGUGCUCUGCUUAUAAUAGGAUUAACACUCCUUUUUGAUACUUAAAGGGACACCCCAGACAGUCUAUUUUAUUUAGUAUGUAGAUAAUAAAAUAACAUACUAUGUUCCUGCUGCUGCUAAUUAAGAGGGAAAACACCACAGAAUGUUCAGAUAAAAAAAGAGACUCCACCAAUAAGGGUCCACUUUUACUGGUCUAAUAGUGUCUGAUCUAGACGAUUUUACUGUACCAUCUAAGGGCGACCUGAGCAUGACGGGAAUCAUAGUUUACAAAUCCUUACAAAUCCCUAAGGUUAACCAUCAUUGUUCUGUACACAUUCUACAUCCACAUCUACAAAACUGUAGUGUCUCCAUUUUGUAUCACAUAUAUACGACUUGAGUGUAAAAUUCACUCAGCCACUUUUUUUUUUUUAAAUAUAUUUGAAUUAAUUUUCCUUAAUGUGAUUAGCCCAAAACAGUGAAAAUUACUUUUGGAUAUAACUGUCGCAAUAAGGAGCAUUAUGGAAUAAUGAUGUACCAUAAGAACAGACUCAUCAAAGCCUAUGUCAAGGUGGGCUGCCAGUUAAAGGUGAGUUUUUAUACGAAUAUAUUUAAAAAAAAAAAAAAUUUUUUUUUUAAUUGUUUCUUUUUCUGUAUUGUUGGGCAUUUCCAUAAUUGUAUCCCCAUGUUUAUUCUUAGGCAAACAAUAUGGGAGUCGGUGUUGUUGGAGUCAUUGAAUGCAAUUUUUUAAAGCCAACUCACAAUAAGCAAGAUUUUGACUAUACAAAUGAUUACAGGUAUGUUCUUUAACUAAUCUGAUUUUAAACUGAGCAAAGAAAAUCUUUAACUACUUAAGGACACAUGACGGAAAUAUUCCGUCAUGAUUCCCUUUUAUUUCUGAAGUUGUAUCCUUAAUUUAAAUGGAUGAACACAGAGAUGAAAAAUCAUUGGAAAAUGUAGGUUCCAAUAGCAGGGUCUGCUUGGGGUAAAUAUUGUGACUUGUUUAGGAAAUAAGUGCCAGAUAUUUAAGUUAUUUCAAACAUGCUUGGUGCCUUUAGAACGACUUUUGAAUUUUGAUUCACAUUGAAAAGUUCUGUGUGAGUAGCUGUCAGACACAGACUCCUCUCAAUAGCUUAUAGGUAUAUCACAAACAAUAUACAGAAGAUAAAUGAUAUAAAAAGCAAUAGUACUUAGCUUAUAAAGACGUAUGACAGCCUCCCUAGGUCGCUACCCAAACAAGCGACCUAUAUCAUAUAUAGUAUUAACCAGAACAAAGAAGAUUCGGGAUAUGGCUGUGUAAAUCUACAGAGAAAACAUAAAACAAAACAUAGUGUGAUAUUGUUAUAAAACACAAUAUUUCAUGCGCAGUAAUCUUGUGCACUCACAGGAUGUAGACAAUAAAAGCGCUCUUAGGGUGCCUUCCCCUAAGUUAUUUCAAACAUGCUUGGUGCCUUUAGAACGACUUUUGAAUUUUGAUUCACAUUGAAAAGUUCUGUGUGAGCAGCUGUCAGACACAGACUCCUCUCAGAACUAUUAAACCAAUCUAUAGAAUGGAAAACAAAACCAUAAGAGACCAAAUAUACACUUACACCUUUGAGAAACACGCACUGUGGUCACAAAGAGCAACAUUGUGUCUAAGUUUAUUGAACACCCUAUAGUAUGCAGUAAGCGGCUCAUCAUAUAUAAUCAUAUAUUUUAACCAAACAGCUGUCCCUGCCUUAGCUUUUCCAUUAUAUCCCUUUCUUCGUGUUAUUUAAACAGUGACUAAAUGUGCAGAAAUAUGUGAAGCAUUAGUUCCCAAAAGCCCUGUGAAGGAUAUUAGAUUGAAACGCACAUGUCCUCACUUGUAUUUUUCUGUGUCUUUGAUUUGCAUAAUUUUUUGUAAUUUAUGCUUUCAUUUAUUUGGGUUUUAACUUGAACAGCACUGAACAUCCUCCCUUCUCUUUCAUUAACGUUGUCUUUUAUUCUUUUGUGUUUUGUAAUACACAUAUAUUUUAAAGGAUCACUAUGGGGUCAGGAACACAAACAUGUAUUCCUGACCCUGUAGUGCUUAAACCACCACAUAAAAUCAUUUUGGCCAAUCAGGACCUCCUCAUAGAGAUGCAUUGAAUCAAAGCAUCUCGAUGAGGAAAAUUCAGCAUUUCAAUGCAGAGCGUGGGGAUGCUGAGCGGCAGGGUUGCUUACUGUGCAUCCCUGAGCCAGGAAUCAGCCCCUCCAGUGGCCAUCUGAGGAGUGGCCACUUGGAGGUGUCCCUAGGGGCAAUGUAAACACUGCCUUUUCUCUAAAAGGCAGUGUUUGCAUGAAAAUGCCUGAAGGAAGCUAUUAUACUCACCAGAACAAAUACAUUAAGCUGUAGUUGUUCUGGUGACUAUGGUGUCCCUUUAAAUAACUGUGUUUACACAACCUCUCAUAAUGUCCCUUGUGAACCAGUUCAUGAACAUUCUUGUUUUGAAUUUCGACCUGUUUAGCUGGAGAACUUGUAGAGAUCCUGUUGUGCAAUCUAAAUUCUAUAGAGUGGCACUUUCUAUUCACAGCAGAAAAAUUUGGUUUGUCCGAAUUGAUAUGACUGAAAAUUUAUUUUUGUUUGGGCAAACUGAAUUGCAUCCAUUGAGUGAUUCAGUUUGUUCAAUAAAUUUGGUUCCAUUUUUUGCUUGAGAUGAAUUGGACUAAGUGCUCUCAAGCUUUUUACUUUUAUCUUUUAGCUGUGUAGUAGAUGGCUUCCUGGUUUGGUACCUUUAUGUGGAAUUGCCAUAUUUAUGGAUACCAAAUAGGCAACCUGUCUACUGCAGUUCUCUAAUUUGGUAUCCUUUAAAGAGACACUCCACUGCCCACAUAUGAAACAAAAAUGUAAAAAGGAUCACUAUAUACUAAAUAUACCCUCAGAGAAAACAUGCAUGCGUGCAUUUAAUUAUGCCUGUUCCUUAUUUGAGGUUAUAUCUAAAAACAGCUUGCAAAAGCUUCAGAUCUCUUGUCUGCUGUCUUUACAAACUCUCCUCUUAUCCAAACCCAGACUUUCUGUGGCUGUCCAAUCAGAGACUUCCCAAUUCUACUCAAUGAGAAAUCUUUGCAAGGCAGAUGAUCUGGGCAAUUGCCUGCAUCCUGAGUUUAGUUCCAGUCUGCUAAACAACCAGUAACAGGACCAGUUAUUUGAAUAACAGCCAGGGGUGUGUGACACAGUUAAUUUUUAAAGUACCAAUCGCUACUGAAAUCUGCAAUUCAUGUUAAAAAAAUGUUUUUUUUAAACCCUUAAGGACACAUGCCAUGUGUGACAUGUCAUGAUUCCCUUUUAUUCCAGAAGUUUGGUCCUUAAGGGGUUAAAAGGACACAUUCUGCAUGCAUAAAGCACUUCAGCAAGCUAAAGUGCUUUAGAUGUUUUGAGUAUACAGCAAUCCCAUAGAAGGGUACCAAAUUGGGGGGGAUCAAAUUUAAGAAAAAAGUGUUUUAUCGUUCAGUGUCCUGAAUCAAUGAAUUCUUUUAAUCACAUGAACUGCAUCCAUUAUGCGAUUCGGAACUUGUUUAAUUCAGUCAUUCGUUAUUCGGUUGAACAACCAAAUUGGGCAGUUUUCAUCCAAAUUGCUGUUUGUCUGAAUCCUAAUGCACAAGUCUAGUGAAUUGUAUAUAAGAGUAUACAUUAGUAAGAACUCUGCAAAGCUGUGAAGGUGAGUUAAGCUAUAGUUAGAUAUCUUCUUUUCUUUUCAGACUUACUCUAACUGCACUAGGUGAAAAGCUUAAUGACUACUGGAAUGAAAUGAAAGUGAAGAAAAAUAUUAACCCACAAAGUGUUCCUGUAGAAGAUAUACAGUAAGUGAAGAAAUGGAAUUUGCUUUGGUACAUAGGUACUCAUGGAUGCAACAUGUGUUACUUUCGUUCCUGACAUUUGUAUGUGUGGGGGGAAGAUCUAGUGAUCCAACACCUAGCAUGAUUUAUUGACUAGCCAUUGGGCAUCUCCAACGAUUAACAUCUGCUGCAUUAGCUGCCAACCGUAUAGCAAGGUCUUUGAGUACAGCUGGGUAAAUGGUGUCUUCUUCUGCAAUACAGACUAGAGACUUGCUCUUCAAUCCACUGAUGCUGAACUAAUAUUCCGUUUUGUAACCUACUAAAUCCACAACUUUGAGGAAGCUGUAACUUUCACAUGGGAUUAAACACAUGAACAUUUUAAAGCCAACAUAAAACAAAUAUGUGAUAGACUGUUCAAGGUAACUUUGAAUAAACUGGAUUGUAUGGAGAAGAUAAUUGGUUUAGUAAUCUAAAUUAGAUCAUACGUGAAAAGUUAGUUAAGGAGGCAAUUAGAUCAUCAGGUAGAGAGAGAUGAAGAGGGAGUUAAGUCCCAAACUGUAGAUCUAAUUAAGAUGGCAAGUCGGAGUAAAAGCUAAUCAAAUUAGGGCUGUGAUUUUCAUUAUGUAGAAAGUUAAUUAGGAAGAGGUGCCAGAGCUUUGGGACAUGCUCAUUAUUAAUUGGCUUCAAUGACUCAUUCUGUACACAGGGAAACUCAAGAAAUAAGCGUAUAUUCUGCAACUACAUAUUUUACCAUAAUACAAUUUACUAUUCUGUAACUAUACGCAUCUUACCACAUCACUGUGAAUGUCAGUUUGAUCUUACUCAUUUACAUACAAAUUAGCACUUUAAGCUCAAUUGUAUAGUACAUAAUUGUAGUAUCCCUUUCCUCAUAUGUUGAGAUUAGGACUCUAUCAAAUAUUCUGUACUCUGCCCUUGGGUUUUUAUGUCCAAGAUGCAUUAUCUUGCACUUAUCCACAUUAAAUGUCAGUUGCCACAAUUCUGACCAUUUUUCUAGUUUACCUAAAUCAUUUGCCAUUUGGCUUAUCCCUCCUGGAACAUCAACCCUGUUACAUAUCUUGGUAUGUAACAGGAUUGAUGUUCCAGGAGAGAUAAGCCAAAUCUUAGUAUGUAACUGGGUGGACGUUCCAGGAGGGAUAAGCCAAAUGGCAAAUGAUUUAGGUAAACUAGAAAAAUGGUCAGAAUUGUGGCAACUGACAUUAAAUGUGGAUAAGUGCAAGAUAAUGCAUCUUGGACGUAAAAACCCAAGGGCAGAGUACAGAAUAUUUGAUAGAGUCCUAACCUCAACAUAUGAGGAAAGGGAUUUAGGGGUGAUUAUUUCUGAUGACUUAAAGGUAGGCAGACAAUGUAAUAGAGCAGCAGGAAAUGCUAGCAGAAUGCUUGGUUGUAUAGGGAGAGGUAUUAGCAGUAGAAAGAGGGAAGUGCUCAUGCCAUUGUACAGAACACUGGUGAGACCUCACUUGGAGUAUUGUACACAGUACUGGAGACCGUAUCUUCAGAAGGAUAUUGAUACCUUAGAGAGGGUUCAGAGAAGGGCUACUAAACUGGUUCAUGGAUUGCGGGAUAAAACUUACCAGGAAAGGUUAAAGGAUCUUAACAUGUAUAGCUUGGAGGAAAGACGAGACAGGGGGGAUAUGAUAGAAACAUUUAAAUAUAUAAAGGGAAUCAACACAGUAAAGGAGGAGACUAUAUUUAAAAGAAGAAAAACUACCACAACAAGAGGACAUAGUUUUAAAUUAGAGGGACAAAGGUUUAAAAAUAUCAGGAAGUAUUACUUUACUGAGAGGAUAGUGGAUGCAUGGAAUAGCCUUCCAGCUGAAGUGGUAGAGGUUAACACAGUAAAGGAGUUCAAGCAUGCGUGGGAUAGGCAUAAGGCUAUCCUAACUAUAAGAUAAGACUAGGGACUAAUGAAAGUAUUUAGAAAAUUGGGCAGACCAGAUGGGCCGAAUGGUUCUUAUCUGCCGUCACAUUCUAGGUUUCUAUUGUGGAUUGUUAAUUAAAUUAAAUAGUAUAUACCCUGAUAUGGGAGAGUGGACACACUUACAUCUAAAUUUAAGCACCCAUUCCACAGAACUUUUUCUAGAUCACAUUUGUUUGGAAUUUUUAUUUAUUUAUUUAUAUUUUUCUUUUUCUUUUUAGGAAAAAACCUGAUCAGAAUUGGGUUCAGUGUGAUUCUUGUCUUAAGUGGAGAAAACUCCCGGACGCAAUGGGAAGACUUCCUAUGAAGUGGUAUUGCUAUAUGAACCCUGACCCGCAGUUCAGGUAGGUGUAAUGUGUAAUAGAUAUAUACACUUUUUAAACUGUUGAGAUGUCUUGUGUAAUAGUUUUGUUUUUGCCAAAACAGAGAUUGCAACGUACCAGAGGAACCUGAAGAUGAUGAUGAAAUCACACACUCCACAUAUGAGAAAACAUAUAAAAGAAGGUGAGUGCUCUGAGAAGUAUUUGGGGUGAGAAAUUGACUAGUAAGGCAUUCUAGAAAUUCUAAAUAUAUUUAAGGGACGGUUAUGGCAAAUGUUAAUUAUUAAACUAUAGAGUGUGUAAUAUGACACUCAAAACACAAAAAUAGUGAUCUCUUUGAAAUAAAAGACAUUGAGGAGCCAGCAUUGAGAAUCCAGCACCUUUGAUGUUUCACAUUAUAGAUGUCCAUAGACUCUUCUAUCACGUGCAAUACAUAAAGUAAAACUUUUACAAUGUACCCAGAGAUAUAAAUAAAGAUAUGCGACAAUUACAUUUUACCAUAUUUGUCGAUUUCCUUUAUUUCUUAUAACCAAAGGAUGGCUAAAAGCCUCUAUCAUGCGUUAGAAUUGAAUUAAAUUGCAGGAUUAGUUUUACUCGUUUUUAAAUCUGUAACCUUCAGUUUAGUUUCCGUUAGCUCAGUAUUGCCAAGACCCACUUUCGAAAACCCACUCACUGUAGGGAAACAGGGGGGUGAUAACAAAAUAUCAGUUUACUACUUUUAAUUUUUUUAUUGAACACACUUGAUUUAUACAUUUAUUAAGCAGAUACAUAAUGAGGUGUAUGUGAAGAAUGGGCUUGUUUUCUAUUGUGGCUGAUGACGUCUUUGACGUCCACAUUUACAUGUUAUCUUUAGAUGCAAGGUGCUUGAUAAUUGAAGUUUAUUUUAAAAUUUGUUUUUAAUUCCUAUCAUUGCCAAAAAUCCAACUUCACUCAUCUACAAAGUAGUAAAAGGAAGCAGAACUAUUAAAGCUGCGGUAGAAAGGGUUAGAUACGUAUUUUGAAAACUGUAUACAUUUUUUACGAUCAAAAUUAAAAUGUAUACAUUUUUCAUCUGCCUUUGUAGAUAUAUCAGUAGCUACUUCAAUACUCUGAAAUAGGUGCACAAUCCAGGUGUUUAAAUUUCUUUACUGAAAUAAUUAUCAAAACUUUCUUUCAACAAGUCUAGAUGUGCAACUAUUACAGAGAUUGUCGUGAGCUGAUGUCAGUUCAUUUUCAAUUGUAAAAGUUGUGAAUGUUUCAAAGCAAUCAUACUUUUUUCCAUAAAUAAAGUUUUACAGUAAAACCUAACAUUUUAUCAUGUACUGCAAAUAUAUCAACUCCAUCUGUUCCUUGUAAGUAUAAAUUUAGUUCAUUUAAUUUUGAAAAUACAUCUGCCAAAUUAGUGAGCUUCAGAGGGAACUUCUCAUCAUGCAAAGAUUUUGGGUAAUCUUUUAGUCCAUCCAGAAACAUUGCGACUUCUUUUCGGAGUUCAUCAAGUAUUGUCAACACCUCGACAGCCGACGCUCUUCAGUAUGCAAAACUUCACAUCUCUUAGCAAAGUUUUUUAAAUAAGCGUGACUGUAAUGGCUUGCUCUUGAAGAAGUUUAUAAUUUUCACAGCAGUAUUUUAAAAAUUUUUUUUUUUUUUUUUUUUUCAAAUCUUCUGAAGACUACAGUGCAUCCAUGAUGCAUUCAAUACACCAAUUUUUUUUUUACCACACAUUGCGCGUGCACCGUCGGUAAAUAUACAAACACAAUCUUUCCAGUUCAUUUUAUUUGAUUUUACAUAAGUGUCGCUUCCAAAAAUGUACUCACCCGUACCUCCAAUAACUGGUUCACAAAAUAUAUUAUAUCUUCAUGCUCAUUUUUCAAUAUAAAACAGAUAAAACCAUUUAGUUGAGACUUGUAUAUCUGUUGAUUCAUCCAAUUGCAGAAAAAAAAAUUAAUCGCAUUGAAUCAGUCGAUAAGUUGCUCUUCUGCGUGCAACCAUGUUAUUGGAAACUGGAAUUAAUUCAACUACUUUCAAGCUGCUGUCACUGUAGAGGACCACGGGUAACCCGACAAGUUACCUCCGCUAUUUCCCUUCCUUCAGCCGUUUAGGCACCCUUACAACAAGCAGGAAUCCAUUUUCCCCCCAGUAACUGGACGAAAUACAGUCCUGGAGGUUACAACACUGAAUUACUUUGUUUAUUUUGUAUGCAUGGUUUUUACAGACACAGACCCCUACAUGGGGUCUCCAACACAAAAGCAACAGGGGUUUCAAUCCCAGGAAGCUGAAGAGGGAGUGAGGAAGAACAAUGCAUCUAGGUUAAACUGGGCUGGCAGUGUCUCUGUGGCAACGUCCUGCUGUGACACGAAAAGGAAGGGGGAGAGACACAGCUAGCACAUUUCACUUCUAUACUUUACAGAGCUGCUGCAUAUACAGGCACAAUACACCAAAGGCAUAAAUACAUGGAGAAACACAGAGGGACCACACGAUACAAGAGGAAAACACACGAAUAUGCAAUGGGCAUAGUACUUAGUGACGGCGGUCCGUCACAGUCACCAAACAUAAUUCCCAAACAGCAUCUUUUGUUGCUUGGAGUACUAAUGACUCGCCAAUGGUGUGAGGUUUGACAGAUUUUGCAGUUCACAAACCACAGAGGUGUAAGGCAUGCAUGGCUUUAGUCAAUUUUUUAUUAGCUUGCUUUAAUUGGAAAAAAGGCUUGUUUUUUCAGAUGUGCAUGCUUUGUCUCAAUAUGUCAAAGUCAUUUGUUUGGUAGCUACUCUCAUUUGUGAGAAUUUCACAGCAAAUAAGACACUGCGGACGUGGAGCCUCCUUUGUCACUUUUCCACGUAAACCCGAAUUUUAAAUAGAAUCCUAUUUUCUUACUACUUUUUCUUGUUAUGAUAAUCGAAAACUUGUUGAAGGAUUUUCAUCAAUAUUUCUUCAGUUGUCAGUUUCGUCUGCAGAAGAUCCUUCUUUUUUGGUUUAUCUUUCAGCGUUUUCACCAGAUUUCUUAUCAACCACUCAUCGAUUACUACGUAAUAUAUAAAAAAAUACUGAGAGAAACACUUGUUUACAUAACACGCUAAUUAUAAGGAAAAACUAAAUCCUGCAUAAGAAUGGUUAACUAAACUUUUAAACAAGGUUUAUAUUCAAAUUAAAAGGGUCAAUGAUUCAAAUCUGGACACACACAAAAUAAAAUGAAUCAGGACAUGGUAGCCAUACAUAAGUAUGCCAUACUUUAUGUAUAGCCACCAUAUCCUGAUUCAGUUUGGUUUUCUGUGUGUCCAAAUUUAAGAUCAUUGAUUCUUUUCUUUUUAAUAUAUCUAUUGAUUAAAAGUAGUUGUAAUUAUUUUUAUGCAGGACUUUUUAGAUGCAUAAACCUGGCACACCGUAGCAAUCAGCUUUAAAGGCUUUCACUUGGCACACCAUAGCAAUCAGCUUUAAAGGCAUAGACUUGGCACACUGUGGCAAUCAGCUUUAAAGGCAUACACCUGGCACACCGUGGCAAUCCGCUUUAGAGGCAUACACCUGGCACACCGUGGCAAUCCGCUUUAGAGGCAUACACCUGGCACACCGUGGCAAUCCACUUUAGAGGCAUACACCUGGCACACCGUGGCAAUCCGCUUUAGAGGCAUACACCUGGCACACCGUGGCAAUCCGCUUUAGAGGCAUACACCUGGCACACAGUGGCAAUCAGCUUUAAAGGCAUACACUUGGCACACCGUGGCAAUCGGCUUUAAAGAUAUACACCUGGCACACCGUGGCAAUCAGCUUUAGAGGCAUCCACUUGGAACACAUAGAACAUAGAAACAUAGAAUGUGACGGCAGAUAAUAACCAUUCAGACCAAUUUUCUAAAUACUUUCAUUAGUCCCUAGCCUUAUCUUAUAGUUAGGAUAGCCUUAUGCCUAUCCCACGCAUGCUUAAACUCCUUUACUGUGUUAACCUCUACCACUUCAGCUGGAAGGCUAUUCCAUGCAUCCACUACCCUCUCAGUAAAGUAAUACUUCCUGAUAUUAUUUUUAAACCAUGGCAGUUGGCUUUAGAGGCAUACACUUGGCACAUCAUGGCAAUAAGCUUUAGAAGAAUAAAAUUAGCACACCAUGGCAGUUUGAGGCAUAUGCUUAGCAAAUCAUGGCAAUCCGUUUUAGAGGCAUACAAUUGGUUACUCACAGACUCUUCUUUCUUCCUUGCCUCUCAUGUCUUUGCAGCUGCAGAACGGCUUGUAUGUGUGCAUAAACAAAAUAAUGAUGGAAGCUGGAAGUGGUGGGGUCUCUUCCGUCAGAGGUUUUGUGUUGCGGGAUUAAAGGCAAAGUGAUGAUAUAGCGGAGUCAAUACUCACUCAGUUUGUCUGGACCCAUGUACGGACCAAUACCUAAUAUAUUGUUUUAAUAACUUGCUCCAUGUUCAGAGGAUUACAUUUAGUCAACGUAAAUGUGUUGUGUUUUUUUUUUUAAUUCUAAUUUGAUCUGGUUUCUAAUGUAAAUUAUUUUAAAAUCGAAAUAAAAUGUGAAAUGUGUUUUUUGGUAUUACAAGUGUUUUGUUUUUCUUUUCUUUUUUAACAGAAAAUCUGAACAAAAUCAGCAGGUGGGUGUUUUUAUAUAUUUGUUCUUUAUACUUCCUGGAAUUGCGUGUAUUAAGACUAGAUCUCCCAAAAGAAAAUGUUAUUUAUCACAACUUCUAAUUUCUAGAUAUUAAUUUCUCUUCAAUUAUCUUUGGGCGAUAACAAAUGUAUUUGUGUGGGCUUGCGCUACACAUAAAACACGCCAUCCAGUUUGUAGUUUAUAAGCACAGUGUAUAUUGCAUCCACUUGUCUUUCACUAUUUUGGCAGCUUCAGCAACAUAUCAGGGUGUUUCUCAGGGUACUUUUUCAGUGUUGGGUCCAGAUUGUGUUAUGCAUGCAGUGAUUACAAAAAAAGGACUUGUGUUUACAAGUGUGCUCUUCAGGCCCCUGUAAAAGCUGCACUGAUUUGGUUUAACCCACAUACUAUUCUCUAGGCUCCAAUACAAGGUUUAGCAUAAUGAAGCAGUUUUGGUGUAUAGAUCAUGCCCCUGCAGUCUCACUGCUUAAUGAUAGUUAAUUGACUUUGUUUAUGCAGCAUUAGCCACACCUCCCUGCAUAAAGAGAGAUUUAAUGUUUAAACUUCCUUUAUUGCAAAGUGUGUUGAAUUUAGAAUUUAUCUCCUGCUCUGCUAAUAGCCUUCUAAACCCUGCAGGGGUCUCAUCUCUGUGAUUACAGUUUAACGAGUGAUUUACCUCCUAAAUGGCUGGGCAGUGAGACUGCAUGAUCUAUAUACUAAAACUGCUUCAUUAGGCUGUUUUGGUGCUUAUUGUCCCUUUAUUGAAAAGUUUACUUUUAGUGACUUGUAUGCUUUUAGAUAAGUUUAGAUGGGUUAACUUUUGGAAGUCAAAAUUUUUAGGUACGUUUGACUGACAGGAUGGCAAAACCUGAUGUUUUUUUAAUUGCUCUGUUGUAACAGGCCUAUGAAAAAACAACAAUUCUUUUUACUCCUCCGAAUAAAGACAUUCAGCCGGCGGUGAGCUCAAUGCAAAGAAUGUUUAAUAAUGCCACUCUGCCGGUGAGAACUCUUGGGAUGAGUCCAGAAAAUAGAUCUCCGGGGAUAAGUUUGGAAAAAUUUUCUGCCAAUGACAGGUAUGUAUUUCAGCACUAGGAAACUGGGGAAAUAUCGAAAACCAAAUAGAUGGGUAAAUGGAUUUCUUUGUACAAAUGCUUUAGUCAAGGCAGAUUCUGAAGUCACUUGCUGUGUGAAGCUCCCUCCACGCUUUAUAACCUAACUUAGUUGGCUGCCGUUUUGACAGAUUGUGGUCGAUACAACUUUGCUUCAGGCUUAGUUGCACAAAAAUGAACCCCUUAUGUUAAAAAAAACAAAAAACUAGAUGACCUGAACUACUAAAAGGUAUUUUAGAGCCAACUGGAAUCUCAGCACAAAAUAGAAUAGAAAAAAAAUCAUGCUCUCUGCAUAUCACAUAAACAUCGCAGUACUAACCUCCUGUUUUGUUUUCAGAAAUAAGCGUUCGCUGUCUAGUGAACGAUCCCCAAUCACUGCUAAAAAGCCAAGGACUUCUGAAACAGACACUAUAGAGUUGACAGAUUUGGAUGAGAUUGAUGAUGGGGAUGUCAUCAUCCUAGAAGAGAACAGCACCCCAAAGCCCAAAAAUGAAAAUGGAAAAAGUAAAAGCGAAUCAAAUCUCAGCCCUAUCACCAUGGAUAUUUUGGAUGCUAACUCACCAGACAGAGCAAAUUCAAGCGAUACCAUUGCAGUAGCCACCCAGACUGAAAGAGUAAGUUUGACUAUUAAAAAGGAAGAAGAGAACAGUAAUAAUCCAGACUGCCAAGAAAACGAAGAGCUCAACUACUGCAAUGGGACGGAAUCGCAUGACAACCCAGAACAGCAACCAGAUAAAGAGCAAAGUGUGAACACGUUUAACCAUGAGACAGAACAUUACAAAAGACAAUGUAAAUCUCUGGAAUGGGCAGUGAAAGACUUACAGAGUCAGCUGGUCGAUACUAAGAAUAAGUAUUUGAAAACAGAGGUUUCCCAUCAGUUCACGCAAACUGAUUCUUGCUCUACAUACACUCCAGAAAAUUCUUCAAAACAGCUUGUUGCACAGUAUGAGCAGGCCUUGAAAGAAAUCAGCAGGUUAAAAAUGCAGUGUAACACGCUACAGCAACUGAAAGCAGAGCCUGAUGCCAACAUUGAAAACAAAGUAAAAGACACCAGUGAAGUAGAUGACAUGGCAGAACAACUUGAUGGUGUCUUCAGACAGCUCGAUGAGUGUUGCACUGAGCGUGAUGACUACAAAAGUCAGGUAAGUCUCAUCUGUGUAAGGUUAACCCCAACCCCGCCACAAAGACUGAAAGCGGUGAUAUGAUGGAAUCAUUUUAAAGUUUUCAGAAUUAGCAGAAAAGCAACAAAGAAAUAAACGUUUUAUUAACGAUGACUACAUAAUAUGUUGGAAUUUAUUCCAAAAUGUAUUAAAAAAGUGGAGAACAACUCUCCUGUUUUGAUACUAUUAUUCAUUUCCCUUUCCUUAAUUUAUUCCCACUUAAUAUUCAAUCACAAAUGUUAUAGGACCUGUAGUAACAUUAAGGUGGUUGGAUAUGGUAUUUAUCCCCACUUUGUAUAGUUUGUGUAUGUAAGUUUGUUUGGUCUGUCUUACUGAAUAGCAUGACAGCUUCAGGAAUAUUGUCAUGACUGCUAGUGAGGUCCAGCACGCAGAACUAUGUAACAUCUACAUUGACAGAACAGAAAAUGAUAGAACGUAAACAGGUCCUUAGAAUGGCCGGACUAAUACGUUAAAGACAGAGAAUGGUCAAGGAAGCCAGAAAAUAUACAAUACCAUUUAACAAGCCAAGUCAGGGAAACCAGAAAUCGGAAUAGUUGGGAAUACCCAAGGUCAAAAUACCGGGAAUAUCAAAAACAGGACGCGAAAACGCGCUCUCAGGAACCAGGAAUCGAAACCACGACAGGGCAAAGAACCAGGGAACUUCAGGGAUUUAAAUAUCCCUCAUUUGAAUGUGAUUGGUGAGAAGGUGACCCCUGACCACAGAACGUGCGUGUGCGUCGACAGCGUGACGUCUAACGCACGUUUGUGUGACCCUCGGGGGCGGAGCUUUUUAUGGCUGCGACUGCAUGGUCGGCGCCAUCUUUAAUCUGUGCAGGGGGCCAGGAGAACCCACCGGAUCGGCUCCCUACUCGCCGUUGAGCAAGUAAGCUCAGUCAGUUGGCGCGGUCGCACUGGUCGCGUGCGACCGCACCUUGCGGCGAGCCGGGGAUCGUGACAAAUAUAUUAUUUAUACCACGUAUUGACAGGGUGUUGCUAUGACAGAUACAUGUGAUGUUGUUGAUAACAUGUGUAACCUGCUAUUGUCUUGAUGUCUGCCGUCUUGUUGCUAGUAGCUAUUUUAUGAAAUAAUACCUGUGGGAUACUAUGAUGUAUCACAGAAGAUAUAGUCAUCGGCACCUGGUUGAGAAUGACAGAAUGUGUCAAUUUUUAGCUGCCCUAAGUACCGUGUUAGGUAGGUAAAACAUUGGCCAAAUUAUUAUAUCAGACAAAAUAGUUUUAGCCACACACAUUUCAAACCAGGAAGCAGAACUAAUGAAAGCAAUUAUGCAAAUAAGCUGAUUUAGAGCCAUUGGCAUUGAUAAUGAACUGUUUCUGCUUAUUACUAUACCCAGCUGUCUUUGAGGAUGGAUUGUAUUCACAAAUUCCUCCCAUCCCACAGUGUAAAUAGUAAAAUGAUGCAGCUUCCUGCCUCUACUACUCCAGGCAGAGUUCUGGAAGCUUGGCCCAGGAGUAUUAAUGAAAAGUCUGGCGUAGGAGCUUCCAGUUCUUUGGCUUUAGUAGUGAAGGCAGUGAAAUGUUACGCCAUUCUAAAACAAUUUGAUAGUUACAAUGGGGAGGGGGGCGGGGGAGACCAGGUCACUCAUAACCAUCAUUGUGUGAUGUAGUUGUUUUGAUGCUUGGAGUGUUCCUUUAUGGAGUAGAAAGAUAGAUAUAGUUAGGGCACAAAGUCUUCACCAGGGAUAAUUCACGGCUGCAGACCGUCCUUGGAACUCCAACAAGCACAAACACAACUACGAGCAGCUCGGGAGAAAUGACUGACACACAACAUGGUCUCAAAUCAUAUCUCGAAAUUUAUUGGCUCCAGUCAGGGUUUCUGUAAAAAGCAGAUGAUUACUUACCACUAUGUCAUAUUACACAGUCAGCAAUUCUGCAAAUAGUUUGGAUCGUUGACAGAAAAAUUAGCUCAUGGUCACAAAGUAGACCGGUCAUGGCCAAAGGUAGACAUCACUUGAUAAUUUAACAGAUAACUACUUUCUAAAAAUAUAAUUGUAUAUCUUUAAUUUAAUUGUAGACAUUGUUUCAUAACAUAUUUGAUCAGCUUGCAGAAUAUAUAUUUCUGUUACUUCCUCAAAGUAUCUUGAUUGACAUAUACUUCCCCUUUUAGAGAACAUCUGUUUGUAGAUGCAACAGAAUACUUUAAUUAACAAAUAAAUAAUUUUAUUCUGUCUUUAUAAAAGAUUAUAACCGUUUUUUAGCAAUACACUAGAAAAAUAGAAUCAGAUUUAAAAUGGCGGCUGACUUUUAAAUGGCCACUGAUUAUAAAAUGGCUGCUGAUUAUAAAAUCAUUCCUGACAGGUAUAUAUGUGCAGCUAUGACAAACUGGAGCUAACUGGUUACACAAAGUUCACAAAGUUUAUUUGCUCUAUCCCUAAAGCCUCUUCCUCAGUUUUUAGGAUUCCUUUAUUCCAGGUUUUUAUUAACAAUAAUAACAACGUAUUUAACCAGGAAAGGUCCAUUCAGAUUACUCUGGUAUCCAAGUACGUCCUGGGGAUGUUCCUUUUGCCCAACAUUCAGGGGAUGUUACUACUACCCAAUUUAAUGGUACUCAUUUGAUCUACAUCGGAAGGAUAAGGGCUGAGUCAACACCAAAAGAUUGAACAGAAUCUACUGAUUAUGCAUUAACCCACUGAGCUAUCUCGCCGGCCUUAGUGUGGUAUCAGAUGCUCAUUAUGCAAUACAGAGAUCUGUGCUUCUCUCUUUCAUUUUUAAAAAAUGAUUGAGGCCUUACCACCCUUCAGUGAUGUGGAAGUAGCAACAAAAAUCGCCAGGUUCAAUAAAAGCGUUUUAAUGACCAUGAGAUACACAGAGAUAUCUCUAGGGAGAUUAUCAAGAAGUAAUCUGACAUCACAUAACAAUCCCUUGCUUCUUAUAAUUUAGACCAGGAACUAGCUCUCCGUUUAGCUCAAUCAGAACUCCAAAUAUUGUCACAUUUCCUAUUGGCUAAAUUCUAGUAUAAAUGACAGUUUGAGGUUACAGUAAGUUCAGGGUUCAAGUAACAUGUUUCAACAGAUGGCUUGACCACAGUAAUGACACAGGGAACUUAAGUCUAGAAUUGAACCUGUUCCGUGUUGACAUGUGUCUUACUAUAGAUAUUUCGUUAGAAUAAUCUCCCCCUUACCUAAUCUAUUCUAACACAUUGUUUGUCAACUGUCCAUUCAUGUCUCAAUCCGUAAAACCUUAACUUCCUCUUCUAGAGCUGAUCACACAUGCCCCCCCUCCUGGCAACAGCUAACAGGACACUUACAAAAUGUCUUUCCUGUUACAGUUCAAGAAAUCGUCUUUGUAGAAAUUAAUUUGUAAAGAAAAACAGUUAGUAAAAAGCAGUAUAUAAUUCUUCAAGUAUUCUUCUUCUUUGAUUAUACUCGAAGAUGGCGGACAAACAGCAAAAUGGCUGACAGCAUGUCAGUAGCAGGUUACAUAUGUUCACACUGGUGUAGUGGAUUAGGUGUACAGCAUUUAAAGGACCACUCUAGGCACCCAGACGACUUCAGCUUAAUGAAGUGGUCUGGGUGCCAGGUCCUUCUAGGGUUAACCCAUUUUUUUUAUAAACCUGCUAUGUUUAUUAAGGGGUUAAGCCUUCCCCCUAAUCCUCUAGUGGCUGUCUCAUUGACAGCCACUAGAGGCGCUUGCAUGCUUCUCACUGUGAUUUUCACAGUGAGAGCACGCAAGCGUCCAUAGGAAAGCAUUGAUAAUGCGACCGGCUGAAUGCGCGCAGCUCUUGCCGCGCGUGCGCAUUCAGCCGACGGGGCGGAACGGAGGAGGAGAGCUCCCCGCCCAGCGCUGGAAAAAGGAAAGUUUUUACCCCUUUCCCCCUUCCAGAGCCGGGCAGGAGGAGGACCCUGAGGGUGUUUUCCUGGCACUAUAGUGGUCCUUUAAUGGCACUUGCCUGUAUUCCCAUUUGCACGCUAAACCCUGCUUCUUAGACAGGCAGAUUCCCAAGACAACUGCCUUUUAUGAAGAAUACAGUUCUGUUUUCUUCACCAUACAGACUUUAAUGGGAACCAGCACAUCAUGACAAAGUUCUGGCUGCUCAAAACUGCCUUUUACUAUUGCUUUAAAUGCAGGGGGAAUCUCUGAUCUCUGUGUAUGUCAUCUUUUUACGUCCAGCAUGCUUAAUGAUAUGUUGUACAUGGGUGUCAUGUGACCUCUCGGAGUAAUGCGUCUCCGCUAGUUCCUGUUAAAGUGUGGACUAAAUAUGCGUACCUGGGCUCUUUUUACUUUAUUAAAGUGUUCUGGAGACUCGCCAUCCCCUAAGUCUGGAGUUCUAAUGUAUGACGAGCACUAUAUUAUUGGACAAGUGUGCAGUCCCUACUUGAUAAUUGUUGCCUUCUUAUAAGUGAAUUUUCAGCUUUUCAUUGUGUUUGUAUAUGCUGCAGGUAGAAAAAUUAAAGCAAGAAAACACAAGAUUACAUUCUCAAAACAACCAGCUGGAGACUGAGGUUGAACAAAUGAAAGUCUUGAUUCAAGAGAUGAACAGCAAAGAGACUGCCACAACCAGCACAGCAGGAGUGUCAGAGGAAAGGUAAGUCCAGAAAAAAGUCUCUUUUAGGGGGUUUGAGAAAUGUAUACAUUGUCUAUGUCCAGUCUCUUAUAACCGGAGAUACUACAGUUAUGGAGUUACAAAAGUGUAACACUCUUGGGCAAACUGAUUUUUCUCCUUAUUAUAAUUAGAUUGUCUGCCAGGUGUGAAAUACAACUCCAAGACUAAAAUAAAACUAUUUUAAAAAAAUUAAAAGUUGGUUCUUGGCAGUAUAACAGCUUUACGUGACUGCAAAGUUCAUGGUGCAGAUGGUACCCUGCACCCACGCUUAUAAAUUGGAGCGUGUAAGAACUGCAGCAUCAUUUUCUGUUUCUCCCUUUAAACUUUAUUACAUAAGUGUCAAAAGAUUAUCGCGAUUACACUGUGGACAUCAAGCAUCCAGGUAUGACUUCUGUGUCAUAAGUUACACUUGGUUUUCCUAGAUUACACCUCCGAUGCUGAGCGUGCAGAUAUGACUCCCUGUUCAUUUACAAUGAACUGAACCUUGCAAAGAUUCAACUGUUACAAGAUGAACCAAAUAAAUGCUAUUCUAUAAAAUGGGAGCAAGUAAAACAAAAUGGUUCCUAAUAGCCUAUAUCAAGGUUCACUAAAGGGAAUGCGUAGGAAUUAAUAGCUGCUGUACUAUGGCUAACAUGAGUUUACAGAGCAGUUCCACUAAUUCUGUGUUAACCUACUUAUAAGGGCAGUGUCAGACACAGGACAAAUACUGAAGCAAAGUAGUAUCUACUUUGUCAUAGUAAAUCUUUUGCAGUUAAAUUCCAAUACAUUAAAUCGGAGUAUGUCAUAAACAUUCUAUCUAUUUGGCGGGGGGUAGAAUUAUAAGGAUUUUGUUGAUAAUAUGAUUUAUUAUUGGUAAGCACCAACAUAUUCUGUAUUUAUUAUAAGCACCAACAUAUUCUGUAUUUAUUAUAAGCACCAACAUAUUCUGUGCCCUGUUCAAUAGGUUUACAAACACGUAAAUUCAAUAUCAUACGUUUGACAUAGAAGCAAGAUGUAGUGAAGGCAUCAGAGCUUACAAUCUAAAUAAGAUAAUAAAUAAGAAUUAUAUUGACAACGAGAUAUUGAUUUUUAUUUUUUUUAAUUAUUAUUCACAUGAGGAAUUAUGUUUUCUUGCUUUGUAAACGUUUUACCAACAUGGUAUAUCUUUUGCUGUUUUAGCUUGAAGUUACGAACACUCCGGGUUAACGUUGCCCAGCUCCUUACUACACUGAUGCCAGAUCUGGAUUUACAACAGAUAAACUAUGACGUCGAUGUCAUUGAUGACAUUUUAACACAGGUGUUGGAACAAACAGAGAAACAAGCCAGUGGGAAUGAAUAGUAUUUGGGGGAUCUCAUAAUCCCAUUUGAUGGCAGAAUGAUCGUUGUAUAAACAUUCUCGGUUCUCGCUGCUAAAAACUGCUUCCUCAAACCUCUGACAAGUCGAGGGACUAGUGACAAAAAAUUUCCAAGUAAAAACAUAUUUUUGGAAGAAUACGACUUUAUACACUCACCUGUUACCUCAGUUUUUUUUUUUAUAUAUAUAUAUACAGAUUUCCAGGUGUUGAAUAACUAACUUUAUUUUUUCACUAAUGUUAACUUGUAAAUUGAAGCAUGGUAGAAUGCUAAUAUUCAGUGGAAUGUGGGGAGACUUCAUAUUAUUCAGAUAUUUUUUAAACAAAUGUGUAACAUAUAUGACCUGUACAUAAUUCUGUAUACAUAUUCUACAGCUUGUCGCUUGAGAUAAUACGCUUACUCCUGUCCUUGUCACUUUCUUGUGGUUUAAAAAGAUUCAUAGUAAAAGGAAAGUAUUAUUAAAUUGUAAUUCUUCAUUAUUUAAUUGGUUUGUGCAAUUAUUUAUCUCACUUCUUAAAUUUUUAUUAUGUUUAUAUUUCCCUCUAUCAUCUCCCCCUGGCAUUUUGAGCGAUCUUGGGUCAGAAUCAGCCUGUAUCAGACGCCUGCCCGGCCUCUGCUCAAUCACAGAGAAGAGCAUCCGUCAUCUCUCCAGCAUGCUGAGCCCAUGGUACUCACUACCAGCUGAGGGGAUCACCCUGCGCCUACAGGGUGAUCAUAGUUGAUGUUAGCAGUCUGUGAACAAGCAGACAUUUUUCUUUUGCAGUGCUAGUUGUGGCAGUCUUUGUUGUUCAUCCUUUGAAUCAAGAUCAGAUAGUGACCUAUUUCGACCCAAGACUGCUCAAAUUAGCAGUUCUGGCAGCAGGAAUAAAGGGGUGACAGAAGAACUGUAAAAUAAAAAAAUCAUAAGAAAAAACAAGAAAUAAAUGCACAAACCAAAUAUAUAUAAAUAAUUACAUUUAGAGCUCAUUUAGAGAUGUAUGCAUAUAUUCUCAUAUUUUAAAGGGACACUCAAGAUCCAUGCAGAAAGUGAAGAUUUUAAUUGAAAUUGGCUCUUUUGUGAUAUUAAUCUUGUUACCACCCCAUGGCUGUCAAUCAGAGAAUUGGUUCUGCUACUUCUUGGUUGUUAAUCUCAGUGGAACUAAACUCAAGAGACCGGUAACAGCCUAAAUCACCUGUCUUUCAAAAACCCCUCAUUGAACUGCAUUGGGAAAUUUGUGAUUGGACAGCCACAGAAAGUCUGGACGUGGUUAGAAGGGGAGGGAUUGCAAAAGCUGCAGACAAGAGAUCAGCUUUUGAAAGCCAUUUUAUAUACCCCAAUGAAAAAAGCAUAAUUAAGUUCAUGCAUGAUUUCAUGUUUUUUUUUUUAGUUUUUUUUUUUUUUUUAGCUAUUUUUGUGUUUAGGCAAUGGAGUGUCCCUUUUUUUGUCUAGAAAAAGAGGUUAUUUUAAAGGGAAGUAGGACUGUUUUAUACCAUGUUUCAUUCUUACCUGCUCCUUUCCUAGUCCCUCCAUGAUUUGCAGUUUAGCUGUCUUGUGACUGAAAAUGUCAAGAAGACGGCAGUUUUGACUACAAGUUUAUAUGUGAGCAUUUCUAUCCUCCUGGUUCUCCCGGUCACUCCCUCACUUUAUCACUUUUUUUUCUAAACUCUAGAGUUACUUUGACAGUAAGGGCAUAACAGGCAAGUCCCAUGCCUUUUUUACAUACAUUUUUAUAACUUUACUCAACUUGCUAUAAGUCCAUACAAGUUAUGGUUUGACAAAAUUUGUUAUUGUAGGAUCUGGAGUAAAAACAUAAGAUCCAAACGCCACAUGAGCCACAAAGUUAUGCAUUGAACCCCAUUAGAUCUUUACGCCAGCAUGUGUCGUUUUACAUGAUUAACUGUGACAAUUUGGUAAUUAAAUAGGGAAUUCCAUCCUGACGUAGGUAUCCUAAAGGGACUUGCAGCACUUGACGAUUUUUUUUUUUUAAACCAGAAAGCACUUUUAAACAAAUAUACAAACCAAAAUAAGGCAAGUAAACUUAGAAAAGUAUAUAAUAAACAUUGAUAAAUGUGGUUGGAUUGCAUUGUUAAACACACCUCUCAUUUAGGGGAUCUCUAUUUCAGAAAAGUGCACUAAUGACAGAAACAGGGCCUCGUUGUGCAGCAGUAGGAGAGAGAAACCUGUUCACACUGAUCAGAUUCCCACUUUUGCACAUGUGUAAAUCAGUCAAGCAUGCCCAAUGCAUUUUUCCAGCAUUCCUAGGGAUAGGACACUGUUUGGGUAGACUGGGUAUGAAUAGCAUAAGAAAGAAUAAGCAGGUAGAUAUGAUUUAAAAUAAAUCCGUUGUCUCAAAGUGAUAUAUGUAGCAUUUACCAAAACAAUUAUCACAGAGGAAAUAAUAAAUCAGAUUAUUCUAGUGUCAUGUGAGCAUGUGCAGUGCUACCUUAAUGGUUUUGCAUAGAGAGGUACAGGUUUGUAGACAAAUCUCAGCUGCUGAGUGAGCAGUAAGAAGGAACAGAGGCUGCAAAUUAGAAACUUUGUAGGGUAGUAUUUCUCUCUUUUUGUUUUUAGACACUUUGCAUUUUUUUAAUAUUUAAUACAUUAACAUGGAAUGGGAGAGUGUGCAAAAGAUUGGUACCUAUAAGCAUCAUGAUUGUCUUAAAUCAGAGAUGGCAAAACUGUCAAUCCCCAGGUGUUCUAGAACUUCUGUUAUGCUUUGACAUUCUUAACCCCUUAAGGACACAUGACAUGUGUGACAUGUCAUGAUUUCCUUUUAUUCCAGAAGUUUGGUCCUUAAGGGGUUAAGGCAGUUUACAACAUCUGGGGAAUCUACCGUUCCUCCAAACCUGUCUUAAAACCUGUCUGUACUGGCUGUAUUUACUAGUGAGGAAUGGUUUAAUAAUUAAAACACACUUUUAAAGUAUUUUCAAUACUCCGUUCACAUCCAAACCUGAUUUUAUCAUGUAUUUAAUUUGAAAGAGAACAAGUUUAGACACUUUAAUCCCAGUGCUUUACUCUCUGCUUUACGUUCUAAAUAAUGUUUUUGUUUUUUUAAUAAUGAUUUUAAUUAACUUUUAGUGUUACAGAGCAUAACGUAACACUGCCUAUUUUAUUAUACGAAUACAAGUAAGUUCAGAAAGGGGUUUAAAGAAGAUGUGGAAAAUUGGAGAAUUAAAACCUCUGCAAAAUCCCUAUAUUUUGUGACACUUAAUGAAUAGUCUGGUGAUUGUAAUACACAAAAAAAUAUGCAUUACAAUAUCCAUCAGGUAAUAUUAAAAUGCUACCAAUAUGUACUGUUCUCUAAUUCACCAAAUGUUCUACCAAUCCUGAGCACAGUCACACAACGCCUGGCAUGGAUGGUAUUGAGCUGUGACAGCAGUGAUAGGAGCAUAAUAGCUAUACAUGUUAUACACAAUGGGGGAGAUUGGUGAUAGUGAUUAGAAAAUUGGGUAAAUGCCAUGGGAACCUGUAAAAUUAGCAGCAGACACACCGCAAUGGUCAUUAUUGCACCAGUUAUCUGAUCACUACACACGCAAACUACUGUCCCAUCGUCUUUGUUUUUUGGUCCUCUCUGUGCCAAAUGGAUGUGCAAGGCAUUGUAUGUUCCUCAAAUACUCAAGGGUACCAAAACCUGAUAUUACAUAGAAAUUGCAAUCCAGGAUGUGCCAUUAAUUGUUAGUGUUGUAUUAUUAUUUUUAAAUAUUUUGAAGUUCUUUUCUAAAUCUUGUAUAAAAACUACUCUGAAAAUAUAUUCUUUAAAGAUUGCUUUACAAUAUAUAGUGGUUUCCAUGAACAUUUAAAAAAGAAACCAUACAGAAUAAUGUUAAGUGUUGAAAUUCAGAUUUAUUUAUGAGACAGGCUGUUUGCAAUGUCUAAACUUUAAACAUAUUGAGUUUUUAUGAUGUGUUGCCUAUAUUUUAAUUUUUGGAUCUGUUUAUAAUUUUUACGAAAUUUUUUUGGCUUCCUGCUCAUUGAAGGACUGUGUUCUUACUGUCCUAUGUUAAUUACAAUUUUGUUAUGUUUUAAAGCUCUGGCAGUCUUACAAACUAAUUUGAUUUUUAUAUUAAAGGGCAAAUGAAGUAUGUAAAGUUUUAUGUCUGUACAUUUAAAAACAAUUCUGCUUAUAAAGGGCUUUUUUGUUGCA